CUCCCGGGGCGGGGCCAAGGGGCUGGUUAGCUCGAGGAGUGUGAAACCGCGUGUUAAUGUAACCAGCGCGGGCGGAUACUUUGUGUCCCGUUUAUUGCGAUCCCGCCGCCGAGCUGGGCUGCGCGUCCCGCGGAGUUUCCUCCUUACGCGCCGAUCUGGUCUCCAUGGAAGAGAAGAAAGCCUUGUGAUUAUUUGCGGCGGAACGACGACGACGAGGAGGAGGGCGAUCGCCUGCUCCGCCUGGAUGUUUCUUCUUCGAGGGAUCCUGGGGAGAACUUUGGCCCGGGAUUGAGCGAGGCAGCGAGGCGGGCGGCCGGCCGACGGGAGAGAAGAAGAGGCCGCGCGGGAAGGCGAGCGGGGAUGCUGCCGCCGCCGCCGCUCCGUCCUUUCCUGGCGGGGCUCUAGUGCGGAGGCCGCUCGGCGCCGUCCGAUGCGCGGCGGGCCUACGGAGGCAGCCCGUCCCUUCCUUUUGGUCCCGUUCGCGGCGCCUGGCUGCGGGGAGAGGAAGCGAGGCUGAAGCGGGGCUGGUGGGGGCGGGCGGGGGGCGCUUUUCCCUUUGCCCCUCUCCGGGCGCGGCUGGAUCCGCCGCUUUGCUUUGCGCGCCCCAUCCAGCAGCACCGCCACCCCCUUUCCUUCCCCGUGUCCCGUGCGCGCCCCGGCCUCGAGUCUCCCUCCCGGCGCCGGCAGCCGCGUGGCCUUUUGUAGCGGGACUCCUCGGCUGGGGCGAGCCAGCCCUUCCGUCGGACUUGACUCGCUUGGAUUUUCGAGUUGCAGAGAGAUCGCAGGAGCUGCUGCUGCCGCCGGGGAGUUUGGGGGCUUACAAGUGCGCCGCGCAAGUUUGAAGAGGAGAUUUCUUGGCUGGGGGGCGGGCGGGCGAGGAAGGAGCCCCGUCGGAGGAGGAGCACGGGCGACCGCGACGAGAAGCGACCCCCUUGCCCGGCCAGGGCUCCCCUUCCCCGGUGACAUUUCUCUCCCCCCCCCCAAAAAAGCUCACAACAAAGGAAGCGGCUGGAGCGAGGCGGCGGCGGCGGCGGGAGGAUGGUGCAGUUGAGCCGCGAAGCCGAGUAAGGGCUCCCGGUCCCGCUCCUCUCCCUCCGGCUGCCUUUGGUGCGCUUCUCCCCUCGGGAUUUAAACUUCGUCCAUUCAGCUGCGAAGGAGCAAAGCAGCAGCAGCCCGAGUCAUGUUUCCGCAGAGCCGGCAUCCCGUAAGUGCCCCCCCUCUCCCCGAUUGCGUGUCUCCCCCCCCCCUCGGGGUCGCCCCCCGUCCGGGCAAAGUGCGUGCAAGGUCGCUUCCCAGGGACGGGCCCCUCUCGGCCGCCUGCGAACUCUGCCCGUCCCGCCGGAGGAACUUGGCGGGCCCGCGCCUGGCUCGCUCGCUCCCUCGACUCCUUUGUUUAUUCUGGGACUUGUUUGUCUACCAGCCGACAAUGGCGGGGAGUGGGGGGGGGCUGCUGCUCUGGUCGAUCUCCGCUUUCCAGCCCAACUGCGGGGUUAGAUAAGAGAGACGGGCAGCCGGCGCUUCUCCCCCCCCCCACCACUCCAAAGAAAAGCCUUGCCGGUGAAACCUAGACGCCCCCGAAGUGUCUCCUGAGAUGAUGGUUCCCGGAGACAGCAUCUUGCCUCUGAGGAUCUCCCAGAGCGUUUUGCAAAACUGUUUUGAAAAGGAGGAGCAGAUGGGUCUUCAGUCCCCCAGUAAAACAUUUGAGCCCCCAAGUUGUUGGACAUUGCCAUUCAAAUGGUGUGUCAUGGACCCCCAAUAUAUUAUUCAAGUCGGCACCCUUGACCAGCAGGUUUUUAAAAGGUAGGCAAGAAGCACCAGGCAGGUGGCCAUGGAGAAAUACUUGUGAAUCUCCAAAAGGACAUUUCUGUGCCAGGUAACUAACCUGUGGCCCUCCAGAGGUUGCUGGACGCCCGCUUGCCUCAUCCCUGGGCUGAUGGUGGGGCUUGGAGUCCAACAACAUCUGCAAGGCCCAGUUUCCCCAGUGCUGCUUGAAGGGCCCCCCCCACUUUUUUAAGUGUCCUGCGCCCCUGGCCACUGUCUUCUUGGGUUGUGCUCUGUAGUUGGACUUCAGCUGUAGAGAUGACUUUGCCUCUUAUCUACACAGAUUCCUCCUAACUCUUUGCUUUCUUGCUCUUCCUACAGACGCCACACCAGGCUGCAGGACAGCCUUUUAAGUUCACCAUCCCAGAAUCUCUAGACCGAAUCAAAGAGGAGUUCCAGUUCCUUCAAGCUCAGUAUCACAGGUGGGUGCGGCCUGGUCCCUUCAUUCCUGCCUUCCUGUGCUCUGUAGGCCACGUCUGUUUCGGGGAUUUCAAGUUGCUCCACAGCGUGCUUGUUCUGUGGGGUGUGUUUUGCUUGUUCAAAAUGUACUUUGUAGUUGUGCCCAGGUGGUGGCGUGUGGAGUCAGUUUAAGGCUGUCACUCACUUAAAAACAAUGGUCAGAACCCCCCCCCCCCAAUUUUUUUUUGCAUAGGCUCUUCAGUUCAGGUGAACGUAACCCACCCUCCCCCAGAAUGUGCUUUCAGAACUACACAGGAACUGUCAAUAUUUGCUCUGGAAAGUUUUGAAAGAGACUGAGUUGACAUUUGGUCAGCCAGUGUAUUCUUGUCGUCAUAUUCCUGCAUUCCACUACUAAAUGGUUGAAACAUUGAUUUAAACUUCUGUUGUUUGGGAAACAGAGGCAUUUGGAUACUAGGAACCUGUCACCACUGCUAGUAAAGGGUUCAAUUUUUCCUGCCUUGACAAAAUGGUGUUUGAACACUUACCCAGGCCGCUAAUAAUUUCAUCAUGUGCAAGUUCACUUAGAAGUAACUCCCACUAAGUGCAGUGAGACUCACUUCUUAGUAAAUACGCAAAGCCAAAACAGCAGAUAUGGUAUUGAAAGUGAUAUGGUAUAAAAGUGAGGUAAGUCUACCGUAUGCAAGUCCUAAUGAAAUCAGUAGGGCUUUUCCAAGCAAACAUGUCCUAGACUUGGUUUAUUAGCGUACUAUCUUAGUUUGUAACAAAACAAACACACGAUACGAUACGAUACGACACACACACAUACUGAGAUCAUGUUAUUUAGCUUGAGGUUCAUGUGUACACAGUUUUAACUCUUCUAACUCAAAAGAUCAAGCCAAUUCAGAUAAGUAGUAUUCUGAGACAGCAAAGUUUUAAGAUAGUAUGAGCUGAUCAGGUAUUCUAGCACACCACUGCAAUUACCCUUUGAGAGAGAGAGAAGCAGCAAAACAGUUUGAGUUUCUAAAGGAUUUAUCUUGAUGGCCUAUAGACUUACAUUUUGAAUUAACACACUUUCAUUGUAAUCCCAAACAUGGGAGAAGUAAAUUUCCAUUUGGGGUUCAUUGCAUGUUAGAGUUUUAUGCAUGACAGCCUGAUCCUGUGUAUGCUUACUUCAGAGGAAAUUCAGUGGUGUUCACUGGGACUUGCUUACAAAUAAGAUUGCAGCUGGGUAGCCCAACCUCUCCACAGUAAAUGUGCACAGAAUCCUAUUGUGGCUUUACUUUCAGCUGAAAGGCAUCAACUACUGGUGUAGUUAAGCAUACAUGUGAUGCUGUAAUCUCUUAAUGGCAUCACUUAAAUCACACUAUGGUCCACUUUAUAGGAGAAAAGCAUGCAUGGAUUUUAACUGAUGCUAAUUUUGAGAAGGGCCGGUAUCUAGCUAUCAUUUAGGUGCUAUUCGAUUAUGUAAAUUCAUACUGAUUCAUUUCUUGCUUAGUUUUUUAAACAGGUAACUUUAUAGUGCAAUACUAGGUGGAAAUGUACUAAUAUUGAAGUAGUGUAGUAUAAAUAGUAUAUAAUUUCAGGUAGUUUUUGUUGUUUUAAAGUGAUUGCUUAGAAAGAACAUGUAAAGAUAUAAACUUCUGUAAUUAUUCUGAACUCUAGUGUUUUAUCUUUGGGAUAGAUGUACUAACUUUCUGAAUAUUAACACUGGCAAGAAAUCAGGAAUUGUACUUCACUGCAGCCUCUAACAAUCAUAGAUCCCUAUUGGAACCAUGGCUUCUAUACAUCAUCUGAGUAAAUGUGUGUUUAAUUUGUUCUGAGUUGAUAUUAUGUACUCUGCAUAUUUGAGCUUGAUCUUCCAUAUUAAAGCAGUAUGCUACAGUUUCUCUGUAUUUACACUGUGAUAUAUUAUGACAGCUCUUCAAACAACUUUCUUUUCAGAAUGCAAGCAAUGGCAAAUACUUGAAUUGACAUACUUAAAAAUACCUGUGUCAUGGUUGGUUUGUUUUUAUUUCAAAUAUAUAUUAUUUUCUUCCUAGCCUUAAGUUGGAAUGUGAGAAGCUGGCAAGUGAAAAGACAGAAAUGCAAAGGCACUACGUGAUGGUAAAUACAAUACAAUCUUGUCUCCUUAUUUGUUUUGAUAAAACACAGAAAUGAUAGCAUUGGAAUACCCCUAGGAGGUCAGCCAGCCUAGCCCUAGCCCCAUGCUCAGUGAAGGAUGGAACUAUUCCAGGCAGUGUCCUCUCUUUAAACAGCCCCAGCCAAGGAGAGAGCCCAUGAUCUAGACAGUCCCACGAUUGAGCAGCUGUUCCUGUUUGGAAGAUUCUCCUAAUGUUAAGUCAAAGCCUGCUUGCUUAUAAUUUUAUCUAUCGCCUUUUGGAGUAGUAGAUUGAACAAGCCUGCGCCAUCAGUUUUGUAAGUGCCUUGCUGCCUUUUGCAUGAUUCUAACACAUUUUUUUCCUCCCUUUUUUCUAGUACUAUGAAAUGUCAUAUGGGUUAAAUAUUGAAAUGCACAAACAGGUAAGAAAUUGAUAUGAUACGUAAUUGCAAAACUGCUAGAGUGCUGUGGUGCAAAAUGUUUGUAGUUUUAAAAAAGCCAUAGUGUAUGUAGAUGAACUCAGAGAUGGGAGAAGGGGAAUGGUGUAAGUAUAAUGCAUAGCUUUUCUAUAAACUACAAGUUGGCCAUGUGAGGGUUGGCAUAAAUACAAAUGAGUUAUGAUUGCUACUCUGUUCUAAUAAAGUCUUCAAAAAUAUUUCAAGUUAGUGCUUUCAAGGAAACCAAUUUCUAGGAGAAAACUCCACGUUAUAAUCUUGGGUCUGCCUAACCAGUCUCUUAUGUCCAAGCGCAUAUGUUGAUGGUUGCUCAAAUCCUAGCAAUUUAAAAGCAUGAAAAGAUUAGUGACUUGGAAAGCUCUUGGUUAUGACUGAGUUUGGAAGUUCCCAUAAAAUUCACACUUAUGGCCACUAUAAUGGUGAAUAAAAAGAGUAUUGAAGUGGAACAAGGCACUAAGAACCUCAUAAGAGAAGAAAAGCUAAAUGAUUGCUCAGCCCAAAGGACCUUCAAUUGAGUAGUUAUUGUCUGCCAAAGAAAGCAUUAAUGGCAGGGUGUAAGUAUUCUGUAGAUAUGCUGACAUCCACUUUUUCAUCAAGAUGCUGGUACAAUAAGUCUUUUAGAAAUCGAUGGCCUCUUAAAAAAAUUAUCAUUAGAUGAAGUUGCACAGUUGGACACAUUUCAAAGUGCAACAAUACGAUUCUUUCUUGAUGUAUAUGUGCUAUUUCAUCUAAAACUCUUGUUUCAUUAAAUUAAAGAGCAUGGCUGACCGGCUAGGGCACAGCAAAGAAAUUGAUUAGUUCAGGCUUCACAUCUUCAGUAUAUUCAAAGGCUUCCAUUAAGCAAGUGUGUUUCAGUGCUGAAUUCUGCUUUUGUAACUCUGAACUCUUUGAUUUUUUUUGUCUGUAAAAUCCAUUGGAUGUAAGAACAUCGUAUUUGGUAAUGCAAAGUUAUCACUGUGUCAAAGGUAGAUGCUUUUUAGCUAUAGAAAGUGCAUUUGGUAAUACAUGUUUGCAUUCAAAGUAUUCAUUCACAUAAAUACUCUGGCAGCUUUCAGUAUUUGGAUGUAUUGCUGAAUUUUAGGAAAAAGCAACAACAGGCCUUUCCUGGACUCUCGCUCUUUAUUUUGUUGCCUGCAUUUCUUUUGAAACUACUCGUCUUGUGUUGAUACAGAUACUAAAGUUUCUCUUGGAAAAACAAAAAUGUCUAAGCUACUAUUUGCUGACACCUUUUAUUUAACAGAGGUCUAAAUGCAGGCAGCUUGUUACAAAUCAUGGGCUUUGUGAGCUUAAUUGGUAGUACUUUAACAUUGUGACUGACAUUAAAUUAUCUUCUGGUAGAGCAGAAGAAAAUGUGUAAUUUGGAGCAAUGGAUUGAAAACUGACUUCACUUUUUAAAGAUUAAACCCCCUAAAUUAAAGAGCCCUGGAGCUGAGGCCUCUGCUUUCGCCUUAAUGUGUGUAUUUACUAUAAUAGCUUUGUUUUCUUUUAUUUUAGCAUGCAUCUUAUAGGCAGGGUGGUAUUACCUGUGGCAGAGACUAUAUUUUAGGCUACAGUAUAAAUUGCCAACAAAUCGCUUGCAAAUUGGCAAGAAAAUGUUUUAAGCCUUUUGUAGAAGUUUGCGUACUCUUUACAUUGUAUACAGUGGUAGAUAAACCAAUAAGGAAACCCAUGUUUCAGUUUCACAGACUGAAACCAAUCCAUGCCCCAGCUAAGCAAUCGCUUCUGAAAAAUGAGAAGUUCUACUUCUCAAGUCUGUCCAAAUCAUCAUCUUAAAAAUUUGAAAAGUGGGGAGGAAACUCCCUGAUCUUGAAACAUGGACAGUAUGUUCUUGGGCAUUUGGUGGAGAGUAAUCAUAAUUCUUAUUAAAACUGGUGAUGUGUAGCCCCUGGGGUGUAGCAAGGCUCAAAUUGAUGCUUUUUGCUGGCUGAUCACCAGCAUGGCCUAAGUGCUCAUUAUGUUGUAGAGAAGGCCUUCAGAGCUCUCAUUACGUUUGACAGGAAUUCUCUCUAGGGGGAAACUGGGCAUUAGCUAGACUCCUGACAGGCUGAAAUUAUUCCUGCUUUAUGGCUUAUAACCAAAUGCUUAGCAAGGCAUCAUCAGGGGACACAAAAGUUGUCACUUCUGACAACAUAUUUUUUUAUACAUAUAUACUGAAAAAUGCAAAGAUGGGGAAAGUUUUUCACUAAGCUCUAAUCUUAAUGGGGCCUGCAUCUAGUGUGUUUUUAUAUGGUCCAGAUAUAUUUUUCUCCAUGCCUUCCUGUGUUAACAAAGCCUGAAUAUAGUAAAACACUGCCGUUAUCCAGACUGUCAAUUCAUAGAGAAAAGUUAUUUAUUGCAUACAUUUGUAGUUGCUUUUCAGUGUUGUCAGUGUUCUCCCAGGAUGGAUUUCAAUGUCGUCAUUCUGCUUGAGGAAUAGUUUUGUUCCAAUGUAUGCCUCUGUGAAUGGAAGAAGAGGGGAAGCAAUAUUCUGUGAUUCUCCCUAAACCCCUUCCGUGCUGUACCAGAGCGUUCCUCAGCCACCUAGAACACAAUUUAUGAGGAGCAGCAGGAGGAAGGAGGAAUAUGUGUAAAUUCUCUCCCCUCCUCUUUAGCAGAGAUUUCUGCAGGACCAGAAGCUGCAGACAGUAGCAGAAAAGAUUCCACCUGUAUAAUUGAUGGAUUUUAUAAACUCAGUCUUGACAAUAAAACUUAUCCAGCUUCUGCCAUGUCCCCUCUUAGAAGUCAUGGAGAGCUGAUAUGGGCAGCCACUAUUACAUUCUCACUGUAUGAUUCUUUCAUGGUCCUUCCAUGCUGCCCGUUUCAAGGGGCAGUGCUGGGGUUUCUGUAUAUGCAUGGUAUAUAGCUAGCUCCUGUUCUUACAAACGUCGUAAACUGCUUUAGAUAGGUUAGAGAAGUAAACCCUCUACCUGUUACUCAGAAAUGCCCCCCUCCUCUUGAUUUCAGUGGGACUUGUUUCUCAGUCAGUGUGUAUAGGAAUGCAGUCUCAAUCUAUUUUUAAGAGGUCUUAAAAAGAUACUUCAUUCAGGAAUAUUUUGCCUAGUAAAGCUAAACUGACUUCACUUUAGCCUAUAAUGGUAAAGGGACCCCUGACUAUUAGGUCCAGUGGUGGACGACUCUGGGGUUGCGGCGCUCAUCUCGCUUUAUUGGCUGAGGGAGCCGGCGUACAGCUUCCAGGUCAUGUGGCCAGCAUGACUAAGCCGCUUCUGGCGAACCAGAGCAGCGCCUAUACGACCAGCUUAAUACCAUGAAACAUCUUCCAUCCCCGCAUUGGCUUGGAUCCUGAGCUCUUCUUCCAUGAAUCGGAAUCUUUAGCUGGUACAAAGAUAGCAAAAAGGGUGUUUCCCUGGAAGAUGGCGUGUUUUGGCUAUGUGGGAUAUUAGGACUAACCACCUGGCUGACUUUGAGUGUUUUGCGGUUAACUGCACACUUUUUCAUAUGCAGCAACUAGGUUUUUCCCUAGCUUGCAUUUGGAAAUACUAAGCUUCUACUCCAUCGAAAUCUGAUGUAGAUCCUUCUAGGAAGCAAGCUGUAAAAUGUAUGAGUUUCAUGCCAAUAAUUCAUUUUUAAAAGAGUUGCUCAUUAUAGCAGUCAGGGUUAGCAGUGGUUACUGUGGUAAAGCUGGUGCCAAGUCGCAGAGUUUUCUUGAAUAUUAUCAGCCACACAGGAAGCAUUCUCUGUGUGUCAUUCUCACCAAUCAUGUCUGUUGGCCUUCAGAGUAAACCAGAAGGUAAACCUUCUCGUGUGUUAAAACCCAAAUUGUUUAGGUGUAAGAUUAGCCUUUGUUCAGUGGCAGUUGGCCAAAGAAAGAUUGAUCACUGCUGAACCCACUGACAGACUAUAUAAACUACUACAGUGUUUGAGUUCCAGCCAUCCUAAAACUGACAGGUGGGCCUUUGUCUGCUUUGGGUAGAUUGCUAUGAUCUUUCUGACCUGCCUUCAGGCAAGCUUGUCACUCUGCCCUUCUAUGUUUUCUCCCCCUUUUCUGUCUGGCUUGUUGCCUUCUCACUUCCAAAUAAUUGCAACUUCAAAAACGGUGCAUACUGCUAACAGCACUAUUCUUCUCCUUCGUUUAAGGAAGCACUCAUAAAGCUCUCUGUAUGCAAGACUCUUCCCGCAAAAAAUCUCUUCCUGAUUGCUCAUUAAAUCAUCAGUAGUGGAUGUUGACAAUAGUGGGUUAAAGAGAGUGACAAUUUAAGCAGUGGUGGACCUUGAUUUCUCAAACUUGAGUGGCACUUUCUGCAAUGCCAAAAUCUGCCCCCCACUUCUCGCCUUCUAUUGGAUAUCUUAGUUGCAGCACCCCAGAAAAUCUGCACCCAGCGUGGCUGAACAGUUUUCAGUUUCCUAGAUCUACAUUUCAUUCAAGAGACUUCCUUGGUUCUCUACGCCUUUCUUAAGAGGCGUAGUAGAGUUCACCUAGUUCUCGCUGAGAUAAGGGAGGAAGGCUCACCUUCCUAGUAAACUAGAUAUCAGUAAAUAUAUCUAGUUUUCUACAUGCAGGAAAUUUGUUCUGUAGGGAAGAGGAUCAAUCAUGAGGAUCGAGGCUCGGGCUAUAAUUAGAACAUCUUUAAAGAUAAUUUCUCCUUCCUUUGGCUGCUGCAUUUUAAUUGCUGUCAUAAAAUGUUGUCUGAAUUUCUGCUGAAUGCAUUGAUUCUCUAUCUUUGUGGAAUUAAGCUGAACAUAUUUUUUUAACACUGGUGUGCUGAAGAGCGCAUCCCAGUGUAGUUUGGCUCAGGGAUUUAGACAGGCAUUUGGCCACAGAGCCAAGGUUUUUGGGGGAAAUGCACAUCUGGGAAUGCCAGUGGUGGGGAAAGGUGGCGCAGAGGAAUAUUGAAAAAAGAGCAAGGGUUAAAAUCUUGCCCCUCAACUGUUAUUUCUCUGCAAACUAAAAUUCCGAGCGCCACCACUCUUCAGCUGCUCAGCCCUUAACAGGACUUUUCACACACUAGAAGAUCUUGAAAAGUGAAUCUCUUCUAUUAAGCAACCCACUGCAUAAAUUCUGAGGGGGGCGGGCAGCCACAGUAGAGGACAGCACCGCGUUCCCCUUCCAAAUGUUUGAGUUGGCUCUGGGAGCAACCUUCUCUUGAAAUCUGUGACAGUUGGAUGUGCCUUUUGUAACCUCAGCAAUAGGUUUGGCUGGCAGUGUGUAAAGAGUUCUUACCUGCAGUCUUACUGUGGUUAAUUGGGGCAAUCUAAACAAUUAAGACUGAUUGGAAAUGAUGAAAAGUAGGACAUGGCUGAUCUGCCAUGGGCCAUGCUUCUGGAGCAGUGACACAAACCUCUGGCUAAGUGGCAGCCCUUAUGUCGUAAGGCUUUAAAAAAUGAUUGGACAGAAAAUCAAGCCACACUGGAUUGUUUUUUGUUCCGUUUUCAGCCUUUUGAUAUCUUGGGUAAACAGUCGGUCAAAGCAGCUUAUGGAAUAAGGUGACCAGUCAGUGUAUUGACAAGAACAGACACAAUAGAAAACUGCAUUAGGAGGCAAGCCAUUGGGAUUUGCAGUAAAUAUAUUACUGAACACAAGUGAAUUGCCAAUACUGCUUGUUUAGCAGUUUGCAAGGGCAAUGGCAGUAUGGAUUUUUGAAUUAGAAGGGAAGGACUGUUCUUUCUCUGUGCUGGAACAUCUAGUGGAUGGCUGAGAAGAAAAUUGAUUUAGGGAACAAAAUGCUGCAACCUCUGUUUUGUGCCAUGUGAAAGGCUUCUAUGGAUUAGUGAGUGGAAACACAAAGGUAGCUUUCAGUUUAGUAGAAAGAGAGCAAAGCACAAGGGGUCUUUGUUUGCUGCCUGGUCAAGAUGGCAUUCAGUUAAGCCUAGGAGAUGUGGGGGUAAGACAUAUACCCCUCCCAGCUAUUACAAGGACUUCUUCAGCUUAUUAGGCUUUCUUUGAAAUUGCCUGAAAUAAGCUGGUUGUGUGAAUGAGCUUCAGUGAGCACUGUCACCAAUCUGUUUGUGGUGACAAGUUCAGUUUCACAUUGACAAGAGCAAAAUUCCACACACUUAUUUUUUUAUAAAAAAAGAAAAUAAUAACCCACAGUGGUUCUGUGAAUAGGCUCCCAGAGUUAUCCAUGUAUUGACAUUGCUUCUCUUAGCCACCAUGCACCUGUAACUUGCAGCCCAGUCAAAUACAUGUUUACUCAAAAGUAAACCUCACUGAUUUUAGCACCGUUUUCAUGCAAGCAGCUAUAUGCAUAUGGUAGCAGACUUAGGGUAACUUCAUAGAUGUUUGUUUUUUCAGCAAGAAGUGAUCUUUGCAGAUCAGGCAGUGCCUUCAUAAUACUUUAUAUUACCCCAGUUUCAGAAUUGUUAAGUGCAAGCACUUCACACAUUCAGUAGAGUGUCAUAACUGACCGAGUCACUAUGUAUUGGCACUUAGAUUACUAUCUUAUCAAUGGGAGAAUGUAUUUUCGAACUAUAGCCGAUAAACUAUUAUUUCUUGUGCCACCCGACUAACAUUAUGUCAUAAGGUUUUAAUGGGCAUCAGUUCUCUUCCGUCAGAUGAAUCAAAUAUUACUGGGGGUGUGAACAGGGUCAAAAGGGAAUAAAACCUUCAAUUAAAUUCUUUAUAUAAUAUUGUAGCAUAGUGGAUAGGCUGAAGGGCAGAGCACAGUUUAAUGGCCCACCAAUACCUUUAACAAAUGUUACAAACAUUGCUGAGCCAAGGUUUUGGGGUGCUUGAGGGCAAGGGACCUAUCCCCUUUAUUGGCAGAGUGUGGGGGUGUGUGAUGCUGUGCUAGCGUAAGAGCAUGUGACCCUUUAAAAAGGGGCUGACCGAUUAUCACUUCUCUGUAGGAGCUGCAAAUUGUUAUUUGACAACUACGGUGAGAAUUUAGUUCCUCUGCCUUCAACACUCACCCCAGUGUGAAUGGGUGACCAUGUUAGACUUUCAUUGAUGUUGGUGGAGUACCAGAUUAAAUUUGGUUCCAAUCUCGAAGCAUCCAGGCUGCUAAUGUUUUGCUGCGGUCUUUUGUAUAUGCACCUAGGGAAUUCUUGGGAUCAGGAACUGUUGAGAGUGUUUUGUGGGGGCUGGUGUAGGUUGAUGGCAGUAAUAGAUGUGGAAUUCAUGUGGGUAUUGAGUGAGUGGAAACCAACUUUAUGGACAUUGUUUUUUAUGUGCUGUAUUUAAUUUUGUUUUUCUUUGUAAACUGCUUUGCAGUCUUAUAUGAAAAGUAGUAUAUUAAUGAAUGAAAUGGGGGGAUAGUACUAUUGUACAUCAGUACCAGUCAUGAAUAUAUAGCAAAUUACACUUAGAAGCUUACUUGGGAGAAAGGGAGAAGGGGUACCAUGUGUGAAGAUAAGUGAACUUAGACUUGCUUCAUAUGCCUGCACAGGUAUUGUGUAAGUCAUGUGACAACUUCAGAAAUGUGUAUAGAGGGAGAGAAAAAAACAAAUGUUAGGAUCCCCGGCUGGCCUGUUGAGGUGACAAAAGAGGCAUGUGCAUGUCUGCAUUUGACACGUGUGACGUUACCCAUAGUUUCCUGUAUGGAAGUGAAACUUAUUUUUGGAAACUAAUCUGGUGUAAUUUAGUCCUCACAAAGAGUAGAACGCUCAUGGCUUGAAAAUAAAUGAAAAGGUGAACAAUUAACAGUACCACCCACAAGCCAGUUAGGAAAAUUAAAUCCACUGAAUCAAAUUGCUCUGGUUUUAACUGGAUCAGAAUAAUGAACAAGGACAAGAGGAGCAUAAUACAAUGGGUAUCCCUUUUUGAGUUUGGCAUCCACUCACAUUAAUGCUAUCCAGGCAAAUACAAAGGCACAUGCUAGUCAAAACGUGGUGAUCUGAAUUUCCAUGCUGGGUGGGGGCUGAUAAUGCUAUUUUUCCAUCCUGUUAUGUGAAUGCAGUCAUUACAUUGGAUGUGAGGAGGCUGGGGAAGUUUGAAGUGAUGUGUUGCUGUUGCAAAUGUAUCUAGACAGCACCUGAUCAAAGCUCAUUUGAAAUGGAUAUGUAUUCCUGUUUAUCAGUUGAGUUUAAUCUGUUUGGAGUAAGUUUUCCCACCCCUUUCUGUUGAUGAUAAUAUUAAUGGUGACAGCACUGAUAACUUGAAAUGUAGUUGAAGGCCACCUUCUAUGGCUUUUGUGUGUGUAAUGGUUAAUAUGGCUGUAAAUAGGAGAUGAAUGUGGCUACUUUUCUAAGUCUAUUACUCAGGAGGCCUGUAAACUUGAUUGGCUGUUACAAUUCUAGCAGAAUCAUUCGAUUUGAGAGCAAUAGAGAGAUAAGAUAUCCAAUUACCCAAAUGAUUUGCAGGGCUAGCCAAUGUUGUCAUGGCGACGUGAGUUGGAACAAAUUAAAUUUUAAGCAAUAAAAAUAAUCUUAAAGCACGUCUGGGAACAAGAACAUUUGGCAGUGGCACUUACCUGAAUUGAAUCUUAGUUUGACAUGCUGUUGUUUGACAUUGAUAUACUGUGGGGGCUUAAACUUCUUGAAAUGGCACAUUGCUUCUUAAUGUGUUGCUGUCACUGCCAAAAUAAGAGACUAGCAUAUUUUAGCAGGAUUUUUUCCCUUAAAGGAGGCUAAUAAUGCAUGUGUAUUGGAGGGAGGGGGAAUUAAGUAAUGGUUGCAUAUGGCAGGAUAUUUAGGGAACUAGCAAGUUCAAAUGUCUGAAUACUUAAUUUCUAACUACGAAACAACUUUGCCUACAGGUCCUGAAAAGUAAAUGGGCUAUAGAUACUACCAGCAUGUUCAGCAUUUCACUGUGACUAUAACUCUUUGGCUGUGCGCAUGUUGACUGCUUUUGUUUGACUUGAAGAUACUUCUGAACAUAGGAAACCUAUAAAACAAACUGGCUUGGCUCAAGUGAGCACAGUGCAUGCGAGUAAGGCAUGCCCAUUGGGAAGUUGCUACUGCUUCCUUUCUUGCCUUAAAGCCUCUCCCUUGCCUUCUGGAGCCAGUCUUAGUGGGAACUUGCAUAUACAGGAAUUGGCUAUUUAUUCCUCUCCCAACCCAGCAACUGGAAACACUCCUCACUUGGUAUCUUUUGCUCCAAAUCAUUGUGUCUCAAUAUUUUUUUUUAAGUUCAGAAAAGAGACUUUGAAAAAUGGGAGUAUUUCAGAUAAUAAAGAACAGCAAUCGAAGUGUGUUCCAAUUGCACAAAAGGCUCCCGUUUCCUUAUUAAUGUUCUAUCAGGCUGAAUCCUGGCUUGCAAUGCUUUUUUUUAAAAGAGAAAAAAAAAUCUAAGAACACCCUAUAAAGAGCUUUUAUCCUCAUGUCUGUUAGACAGAUGGAGACUAAAAUUGGUCUGAGGUCAAGCCAUUUGCUGCAUACUCGCUGCCUUCGAUUUUCCUCACCACAGAUCAUCUCAAAUGAUUCAGUAAUGACCAAAAGUGCAGCCUUGACCUUUAUUCCCUGGUGGAUUACUGUUACACAGUGUAAAUGGCAAGAAGAACAUUUUGUUCAUUCAGAUGGAGUUUUCAUGUCUAUUUUGCCGGGUCUUCUAUAGCACAAGCAGAGCAUUAAGUCCAGUUGGUUGCUGGUUCUGUGGCAAGCCUGAAUGUAUCAUUUCAAUUAGGUGAUAAUAGUGUCCUUUUUAAUGAUGAUUUCUUUUUCCAAUACCCUAGAGGGUCAUACUGUAUUUUUAAAAUGAUUGCUUUUAUAUGUACUUCUAGUAAAGAAUUAACUCUUAUGUUGGUGAACAUUGGGGUUCUAACUGUCAUUAUUAGGUGUCGCUAAAAUGUUUCUGAAUGUGUUCUAUUGCCUUUUUCCUCAUAGUUUUUCUUCUAAGUGUUUUCUAAGAUGUAAUUCCAGCUAUGCAUUACUUGCAUGCAAGACACAAUCAAGUACAGCCCAGAAUGAGGUGGCACUUUUAGCCCUGCCCUUAUGCCAGGAGAUCUUUAACAACUGUGCAUUGCAUGAUUGCAACCAAGUGAUACAGUUGCACAGAGCCUCUGAAUGCCAAUGGGAGCUACCACAUUGGACUCUUCAUAUAGGCCACUGCAUGCUAUGCAUGGUUGAUUGUUGGGUGUGUGUUUUUAUUUUUAAAAAACCACCUGGUGUCAGAGGUGUGAUUUAAACAUAGGACUGCUCCAGUCUGUACCCUUGUUAUGCCUUCACAUGAGUAACAUAUACAUAGAGCUUCUGUUUUCAGCAGAUGCACUAUUUAGCAACUGGAUUUAUUUGGAGAUUAUAAAGAUUCUUAUAGGAGUUAAAAGACUGCUUCCUGGAUAAGCAGGUGAGGUUUAGCCUUGUGGCAAGUGCUAGAUUGUGGGGUGUUUUGUUUUUGUUUGUUCAAGGAUGGUCAGAAGUCUUACCGCAUGUUGUGGUGAGUCAGACAAAAUGUUCAUUGGAGCAGGAGAAACUAGUUGAUAUCCCCAUGAGUAAGACCUAAUAAACGGCUGCAGCUGAUUGAUCUUAUAAAAUUAAGUAAGGCACAAUAGUUGUGGAGCAGAAGUAAAAUAAUGAUAAUAAUUAGACUUGGUUGUUGGUUUGCAUCUGUCUUUCUUGGGAGACAAUGGAGGAGCGUCAAGUUGUUGGAAGGUUGCAGCACCUGUUGUAGACACCAGUAUGGGAGAGACAUGUUUUGUUGCAGCUGGGGAAGAUGGUGUCCGGUUGUGCUGGUGUACCAUGGCAAUUCUUCUCUCUGCGUUCCUCCUCUGGCCACUGCUAUGGCUGCAUGACCUGACUGUCUCCAGGCAUUGCGGUCGUCUGCCAGAGAUUCCCACAUGGCAGUGUUGAUGUUGCCAACCUUCACAUCAUGUUUGCAGACAUCUUUGUAAUACAGAGGUGGUCUGCCAAUGGGCCUGGUACUUGAAGCCAGCUCCCUGUAGAGCAUGUCCUUGGAGAUUCUGCCAUCUUCCAUUCUGUGUACAUGACCAAGCCAGCAGAGAUGUUGGCUUGGCAAUUAGACUAGCUCUUAUUAAAUUCUCUCUCUUUGCAUUUCAUGCUUUUGCUGAUGUGCCAGAAUGUGGAAGGAAAAGGUCAUGAAGUUUUGAGGCAGCUAUGAACUUGAAAGACGCAGAGGUAACAGGAAGUGUGACUUGCGCGUUUCUUCAGUGGUUGCUUCCCCUCAGAUGAUAUGCAAAACUUACUCCCACAUACUUUCAGUACAUUGCUUAGUUGUGUGCCACCCCCACAAUGCUGCCUGCUUCAGUUCCUCCUUUCCCUACUUUCAUGUGUAAAUAAAAAUUGGUCCCAAAUGAGCAAUUUGAUAUGUAAUCACCACGGGCCAGCACUGCUUCUAAUCCAAGGCAAACUCCAGUUUGGGUUUUGCAGCUAAAAGAUUGCGCAACAGAUCCCACAGCUAGAUUGACCUCUUGGAAAUUGCUUCCUAAGUUCCCAAGUUUAGGUUUGUUUUCAAAUGAUUUCAGCAUACAGAGGUGCCGAGUUGUGCCCCAGAUUUAUUUAUUGGGGGGGGUAAUUAUGUUACCCGUGUGUGUGUGUGUGUGAUGCUGAUGCCUGUGCCUUCCAAGGCUACAAUUCUAUGAUUCUGUGACUUUUGCACACGCUUGCCAGUAGGUGUGAAAAACAACCCAAAGGGAUGUGUGGGGAAAUAUUUGCAAUAUGUGCCAUGCACACUGUUGUUUAUAAAUAGCUAACAGCCAUGCUGAUCUGAAGUUCUCUCCAAGGUAGUUGAGCAAUUACAAGCAAAGUGUUGUGUUCAAGGAGGAGAAAGUGCAUGAAGGAAAUGUUUUUUAGCCUCAUGAGAAGUGGCUGUCAGAUGUUGCAUUGUAAUUAUGCAACAAAGAUUUUAUUAAGGUGUUUUAGAAAUUUCAUACUUUCAUAAGACCUAUGAAUGCAUGCUCCAUAAUAUACACAUUUUGCUUCUUCACUAGCUGGGGAUGAGAGUUCGAUGAUUUUAAGGUGGGUGGAAGGUAGAUCAGGAUCUACAGUCAUACCUGGGAAGUGGAACGGAAUCCAUUCCGGAAGUCUGUUCAACUUCCAAAACGUUCGGAAACCAAGGCGCGGCUUUCAAUUGGUUUCCAGAAAUAGCAGAAACCGCGCCGGACGUUUGGCUUUCCCAAAAAAGUUUGAAAACUGGAACACUCACUUCUGGUUUUAGAUAAUUCGGAAGCCGGAACGUUCACCUCUCAAGGCGUUCGGGAGCUGAGGUACAACUGUACUGAUAGAUCUCUGAGCUGUUUCCAGGAAAUCUUCAAUUUUUUGCUCCCAAUUGUUUAAUAAUGACAAAAAAAAUGAUUCCCCAACCCACAUGCUUGCUGAAUCUAGUUAAAAACAAGCUAGAUCCCACAAACUUGAAAUCUGCACACCACUCAUUUAAGUUUGAACUUCAAGAGAGCUUUUAUCACCUUGAGAAGAGAGGAAAACAUAAAUUCAUGAGUUGGGUGAAUGGGACUAGAUUUUGUCACCCACAUGCCUGUUCUGGCCGAGAGAAUAAGUUUUAUUGUGUCCCUACCCCCUCUCGUCUUCUAAAAACAUAUUUCGCUGCUUACAUCAGGAUAACCAGCUGGAGGUAAAAGAGCUUUUAAUGGUGAGCUGCUUAAUCACCAUAACUGAGUUGCAUUUUAUGACAGUGAGAAAAUCCAGUUCUCUCUGCAUCCCUCCAUUUCCUGUCCAGGCAGAAUGUCUCCCACGUUUCAGGAAGUGCAGCCUGUUUCCUUUGGACUUCUUUUUAUCACUUUAGGGCUUGGCUGUCUAGGCAAAGAAAGUCCUCCUUCGUUGAGAGUUUACAAGGAUAAAAUUAUGGAGAUUGGCGCAUAUGUUGAUGAGAAGCUGUUUGCGAUAGGAAAACAUCCUGAUUUUGGCGUUCAAACCCCCCAGAAUGGAGGGUGAGACUUCUCAGAUGUUUGUCUUGGAUUUGUUGUUUGUUGCUGCUAAUGUACUACAGGGAUCAUUGGUUACGAAGAACAUCUGUGAUUCAUUUUUCAAGAUUUAAGAAUCUGUUGUCAAACGGGAAUCAAAUUUUGCCAAUCUUCUUCACACGCAAGAUCGUGCUUGGUCUGUGCAUGUAGCAGAAUGAAGUACCACUGUUGAAUGUGUCUUGAGCUCCCUGCUAGCACAGCAGGCAGAGGGUUGGUCUGGUGUUCAAACAUGGCCCUCCAAACUUUUAUGCUGGGUCCUUGAGACUCUCCCGCGGGCCAUGACCUGGCUGGAGUAUAUCCUUGAACUGUGAUAAUGAUUCUUCCUUUGCCUGGUAGGAGUCUGGAGGUAUGUUCAUAGAAAGCUCUUGCAUUUUUUGCAUGACUGGAGUGUAACGGACUGUACAUAACUAAAUGUCAUAUCCAAUGCUCUGCCAACUUUUGCAUUUGGUCCCACUUACCACUGCUGUGGGCUGAAAGGGGUUCCUCACCUAGGUUUAGGAGGUCAUUCUCUUCCAUAUGGGCUAUUUUUGUGUGUGGGGAAAAAACAUUUUAAACUGGGGUGCAUUAAAAAGAAGGCUCCUUGGCCUGUUUGUGCAGUGCCACCUCAGGACACUGCUACCUCAUUCUGCUGGUGGCAAGCUUCAUUGUUAAGCAAAAGAAUGGAUUUGUGUGUGUGUGCUACCCAACAGCAGUUGUAGGAAGCCAGCCAAGAGAGCGCAUGCACCCUCCCUCUCUUCUGAGCUCUUAACUGCUCCACUUGUCAGGCGAGGAGCAAGGGUGGUCCAGUGCCAGCACUGGGCUUUGAGGGUAAAAUAAAAUAAAAUAUAAAUAGCACCAGGUGCCAAGUGACACCUUCCUCUCUAGCACUGUUGGACAAAUGUCUUCUUGCAUUCAUCGUAGUUUCACACUUAAGACGGUAACACACACAAAAAGCCCAGGAAAGGUUUGCUUCUCAGAGGGCAUAAAUAUAAUUCCCAAGUGCUGCAAAUACUCUGAGAAAGUGCUACAAGUUUCUCCACAUUGUGCAGACAUACUAUAGAUUAUUAACCAAAGUUUCCAGUUUGAACUUGGAAACACGUUAACUUUACACAUAGUUUAAAUAUCCACUAACGAAAAACCAGUGACCUAUAGAAACUUAGAAAUUUAGGGAAGGGUUUGUUUAAAAAGGGUAUCACACAUUUUAUCACACAUUAGUAAUCUGGUUAAAUAUCUUUGUUUCCUGCUGCAGAGCGUGUAGGAAAAAUUGGGUGCAAAUUCAAUAAUGGCCAUUUUUGAACUUAUUUAAAAGUUCUUCUAAGUUGUGUGGGUAGGUGGGGGGGGGAGAAGCACUCAAGAACUAACAUUUGACAUAAGACAAGUACUGGUACUCGCAGCUAGCUACAUUUUAGGUCAAAACACUUUUCAUUUAAUAAGAAGAACUUGCAGACACAGAGUCAGAAGUGACAAAACGACUGCAGUCUUUAACUGCAUAUUGCACAAUGCAGCUGAAUUCCUUCAUGUUGAUUUUCCUGACGCUUCAAAAAGGAGGGCAGCACUUGAGUCUGGGGGCCUGGCAAACCUGUCAUUUGCAAAUAAAUCAAAAGGCCAUCAUUGCUGAUAGCAAGGUCUAAUGACUGCAGUUUCUGUGUACUCUUUGAUAGGCCCCACACUCAAGCCUGCUAUUAAAAAUGAAUGCAUUCAAGAGGCCUUGCAUUAAGAAUAUAAACAAUUAAGGGCACUUGAGCUGCUCCACAGAAAGCUGCUGCCAUACAAAUGCGAGCGAGGGCUUUCAUGUGCGGCACCGACCUCUGCAAUCUGCUUUGCUAGGGAGCCAAGAGAACAUGGGCAAUUAGGGUUGAUGUAUCUGCAAGGCCUUCCUUCUUUAAUCCCUCAUUGUUUUAACUGUCCUCUAUAUUUGCAGAUCAGAACUCAAAAGAUAAGCUGCGUCAAACUGGUGACAGCUCAGAAGUCAUGAAUACUACAUGAACUUUAGAGUCUGUGACAGGCCUUCCAGAGAUUUAAUACCAUAUAUAUUUUAUGGCCCAUAUAUGAAAUAUGGCUUAUAUUUUGAUUGGCUGACUGGUUUUGGUUUGCUCCAUCCUUUUUAUUGUUCUUUUUAAAAAGUUGAAUUCUGACUUCAGAGUAUUUGUGGAAUAUGGUUUUUUCUGUUUUUUGUUUUUUUUAAAUUUAUGCGAGCUUGUGGGUUGUGUGUCGAAUUAAAGUCUGGAGUAGUUUGGCUUUCUGGUGAAGUUAACUGAACUAGCACCCUUCAGAUGGUAGGCAGAGGAUAGGAUGCUUAAAAGUUUCCUUUUAAGUACAGUGGUACCUCUAGUUACGGACUCGAUCUGUUCGGUGGUGCUGUUCGCACCCCAAAAAGUCUGUAACUAGAGUGCCGCUCCUGCGCACGUGCAGGGUGCGAUAGAGUGCUUCUGUGCACGCAGCAAAACCCAGAAGUAUACACUUCUGGGUUUGCCGCUUUCGCAAGCCGAAAAGAUGCAACAUGAACCUAACGCAACAUGAGGUAUGACUGUAUGCUAAUUGAACACUGCAGAUGAAGACAGUAGCAUAGGAAUGAGAAGAGUAUUCAGUUGUUUCCACUAAACAGGAACACAAUACAAGAAUACACUCCUACUUGAAUCUAGGUAGGACUGUGGCUUCCAGUUGGUGGCAGGAGCACGUCUGAGCACACAAUCUCCUUCUUCUGGUGGCUUUGUGGAAGUGAAGGUGGUCAUACCCAGCUUAUUUGUCGCCUCAUAGAGGCCUUCAGUAAACUGAGGGACAUCAAUGCCACUGGUUCCUCAGAAUAGCCUCAAGCAAAUGAGGAAAGUUGAAGUAUGAUAUGGUAGGCCUCACAUCAUAUGCUAUAAAGCAAGAUGGCCAGUCCAUAGCCUCCAAUUCUUCUAACCUAAAUUUGGGGCACACCCUCCCCCCGGUGUGCUGCUGGUCAUCUGCUCAAGCCAACUUUCGCCUCCCCAUGUGACCUUACCACCACCACCAGAGCAGCGCACGGAAACACUGUUUACCUUCCUGCCGGUGCUGUACCUAUUUAUCUACUUGCACUUUUUGGCAUGCUUUCGAACUGCUAGGCUGGCAGGUGCUGGGACUGAGCAACAGGAGCUCACCCCGUCACAGGGAUUUGAACUGCCAACCUUCUGAUCGGCAAGCCCUAGAGGCUCAGUGGUUUAGACCACGGCGCCACCCGCAUCUCUUAGCAGCAUCUUUUAGGAGGGAUUAAGAGCUGGCAGAACACAACCUCAUUAUCUGGGUCAUCCCUCAUUACUCAAAAGUCAUAAAUGUGAAGACAAGAUUGUUAGCAACCUUGAAUGGUAUAGUAAAUAAGGAAUGGUCUAAUUUUUCAAAAUAAAUAAAAUGAAGUGCAGAAAUUAUGCAAAGGGGGUCACAGAGAGGCAUUUGUGUGUGUGUAAAAUCUCUUCCCUCCAAUAAGGUUUAGCAUGGUGACAUAAGAAUGUACAUCAGAGUUCUGUGCUUAACUUGGAAUAAAAGUAAUAUUUUUUUACUAGCCUUGUUGGUACCUUUGUGCACGUACAAAUGUUGUGGGGUAAAUAUUACUGUUCCUUGGUGUGUUCACUCAAGGUUUUCCAUCUCUUUAGUUUAAAUUGUGAUAAGAUCUGAUACAUACGGAUGGCAUCUAUGUUAAAUAUUUAGAAGUGAUUCAGACAUAGAGGUGUGAAGGCCUUGGAGAAGUGUGCAGUUAUCCAACCUAGAUAAUUUUUAAUCCAGGUGAAUAUUGUGUAUCUUUGAAUUCCAGGUGAGCUAGGUUUCUGUUUCUCCAAAGAGACCCUUUGCAUUGUUGUCAUUCACUCUUCCCCAUUCUCAAGGAAUCAUCCGUAUCCUACACCCCUCUGCUUUAUCUUAACCAGAGUUGAGGUGCUGAAACUGAACUAGCAAUUUCCCUGAACUGAGAAUUUGAGUACAACCUAGCCUCAAACUAAGCCAAAAACAAUUCCCAUACAUUUCAGCCAUAAUGUCAUAGGCGCAUAGGAAGCUGCCUUUGUACUAAAUCAUACUUUUGCUCCAUCUAGCUCAGAAAUCAGCACUGUCUGGCUGUGGUUUUCCAGGAUGUAGUGGCAAGCGACGUUCUCAGCACUCUCUGGACAUCCCGGGGAUUGUACCUGGAACUUUCUGUGUACAAAGCAGAUGUUCUUUAUCGGGGUGGCCAACUCCCAAGAGACUGUGUGCUGAACUCACAGAGUUCGGGUCAAAGUUGUUGAGAUUUUUUAGGAAGGAGGAAGGUUCAUUUUUUGGGGGGGGGGUUCGGGUCAAAGCUGAUGAGCUUUUUCAGGGAGGAGGUAAAAUGUUGAGCUUUUUUUAGGGGAGCCACAGUUGUUCAUCUUCUUUGGGGGGAGCCAGUGAUCUACCAGUGAUCCACUGCAGAGGUCCAGUGAUCUACUGGUAGAUCAUGAUCUAUCUGUUGGACAUGCCUACUCUAUAUAACUGAGUUAUAGAACUGACCAUUCCACUUAGACUGGCUUCUUUCCAUGUUAAUCUAAAGUCUAAUCUAGUACCUUCUAGGUCAUGAUGGUGCUUGACUUCAGAUAAGGAAACCCCUCCUAUGGAUAAGAGUUUAUUGGAAAAUAGUGCUUAAUUGAUAAAGAUACUUGCUACUAAAAUCUUGUUCUUUCCUUAAGUUAUCUAGACUUUGAUCAGAUGGUUGCCUCAACCACCACCCUAGUAUUUUGAAGAUGCUCUUGUGGCAAAUGUUUUCAUAUCCUAUUCUGUGUGGCCAAUAACAUGGAAGAACAAUGGAUUUGUCCGUCUAAAGGGAUUUAGCUCAUGCUGGAUUUUAACCAAUGCUUUACUUGCUAAUGAGCUACUUAUGAAGAACAGAUUUGUGCUCUAAUAUAUGUAGAUAUGAGGUACUGGAGGCAUUAACAGAUGUCCUUCAACAGACUGAAACCUGCUCUGAUUAAUCACAUACACUCUAGACUCCACCUAAUGCUGGCCUACUUUAAAUGUUCCUAAUAUUUGUACUUAAUAUGAUUUUUGUAAAUGAACUAAUAUAUAAUGGCAUGUUUUAAUCUAAAUAUUUACUUUUCUCUAUAGACAGAAAUUGCCAAGAGAUUGAAUACAAUCUGUGCACAAGUCAUCCCAUUUUUGUCUCAAGAAGUAAGUAAAAUUGUUCAGCUGUUAAAAAGUGAAAUUAUGUUGCAUCUUUGUUUUUAAAUUAGCUAGUUUUUAAGAUGUUAAUUUUAUCAAAAUUCACAAAAGUGAGGAACAUCUGUUGUAGCUGAAGAACGCAAGCCCCCUGUUAAUUUGGAAUAGCAGAUGAGAGAAGAGGCACACCAACUAUAUAACUGGUUGAAAUAGCUCAGUCACAAAAUUAUUCUUUCUAAGGCAGCUAACCAUUUGCUAAUUUCUGUGUAAAUAAAAAUGUCGGCGUUUAAUGAUAGCACGCUAUACAAAUUGAGUGGCAUUUGUGAAAUACAGUUCCUAGAAAAGUCUAAUUAUUAUUAUUAUAGAAAGAGAAUUCUGAUACUAUAUUCAUGCAUAAUUAUAAUGGAGACACAAAAGAGGUAUGACCAUGUUUCUGGGAAGUUUGUUGAAUUGUCAUGGAAAACCCCUUUUUACUUUGCAUGUAGGAUUGUGCUAUCUGACAUAGUGGAGACCAUAGAGGCUGGAAUUGUUCAAUCCUAUUCUCUUUACAUAUUUGAUUGGUGGGCAGGAAUGUAAUAGUUAUGCUUGGGCACUGGACACUAGUCUAGUGCUGCAGGCUCUGUUGUUGAGCAAGCAGUUGCUGCUGCUGUUCCUGAAUACAGCUUGUAGAUUACAACCACAUGGUCACCAAAUAUUUCUGAAACCACACAAUUAUAAUGUGUGUGUGAUUAAAGAUGUCGCAUCCUGGAAGUGUUUAUCAAAGUUGGUUGUAAGGUUCUUCCUCUCCUUGGCUGAGUUUGCAUGUCACAAUCAGCCUGGGUUGCUAGCUUAUUGUGGUGUAUUUGGGAAUGAGCAUUAUGCUGCUUGCUUACUCCCACUUUACUCCUUCUCUGGCAUGAAUGGGAGAAACUAACCAGGAAACUGCAAUUAAGUGUGCCUCUCUGUGACAUCUGGAUGUAGGAUGCUGGCUUGUUGCGCCCUGACAAGCCAGGAUUGCUUGCCAACCUUAAACAUGGUUUUUGUUGCCUUAUGAGGCCAAGCUUAACUGCAGUUUCCUGGCUUGUGAAGCAAGAGUAUGAAUUAAGGCACCACUUGUUCCUGGAAAACCAGGAACCUAGGCUGAUUGUGACAUGUGAAUUUGGCUUCUUGACCAUUUAUUUAUUUACGGUGAACAGAGGGUAUAUGAAAACUGUUGGUCUCACUUACUGAAGUGUUGUAAUAAGAAACCCCCUGAUUUUAAGAAAAAUCAAAAGACAUGUGCUUGCCUUUUCAAGUCUCAUCCUUUCCUCUUUCUGCACAGACUGCCCAUAUAUACUAGCUUGCAGGGUGGCUUAGAAAUACUCUGCCCCUUGAUAAAAUGCCACUUUGUUCCAGCUUAGUUCAGUUAGGUUGGUUCUAACAAUGGGAAUGAUAUGUUUGUCUUUCCAGCAUCAGCAACAAGUUGCUCAAGCAGUAGAACGUGCCAAACAAGUGACCAUGGCUGAGCUGAAUGCCAUCAUCGGGGUACGUGGCCUGCCAGGUCUACCUCCUACAGUGUGUAUAACCAGCUUUCCUUUCUUAUUGCAUUGGUAGUUUUUGAUGUGUUAAAUGUUUGAAUUGUAAUAGUUUUGAUACUUAACGCUAGUUCUUCAGCAUUAUUUGUCUUGGCACCUUUAUCUCUUCACAAUCUGGUAGAAUUACUGAAAGCAUAAUAUUGCCUGCCUGGGCCUAUGUAUUUUGCCCCAUAUUUCUAGAUUUCUGCUAUUGCUCUGUCUAGUUUGGAAUAUGGGAAUUAAUGGGCUGCAAAAGCUUUCUCUUCUGAGUCUGCAUCCAAUAUACUGAGGUUUAUUCAUAGUGUAUGUGUCUGAGUUUUAGUUGCAAGUAACUUAACUGAGCGGAGUGGGGAGUGUCAUGGUCCCCCAUUUUCUACGCACUGCAGACUGUACUGGUUGAGGCAAAAGAUGAAGAGUGGGUGACACUUUCCCCCUUUUUUUAAGCCUGAAAGACAAACUUUUGUAAAAUUCCCUCUAUUGAAAUCAACUGAAGGGGGAAUUAACUAAACCAGGCAUGUCCAACCGAGUAGGGUGUGAUCUACAAUCCAAUAUCAAAAACUGGCAGUGAUCUACCACCUUCCAAAGUAAUGUUAGUUAGUUAGUUAAAUCUAUCAUCUAUCUAUCUUUAUUUCACAGAUACAGUAGUUAUGUUUGGAUAUCAUCACGACAGAUCCAAAUAGUUUUGUUAGAUGGACAAGGAACUAAACAAAUGAGAAAAGUCAAACUAUAUUUUUAUAUUAGUUUACACAGAUCUGAGGAGCCAGUCAGAGUGCGCUGGGCUUCUCCAUCUUUCCCCUACUGUUGCUUUAAAUCACAGCUGACUUCCUGUCAGCAUCCCCACGCACUUCCUCCACCUUGUCUUUCCCCUACUGUUGCGCUAAAGCCUUUCCCUCACUCAAACUCAUGGAGCGCUAAGGGGACUUUCCCCAUGUGUUUUGUUCUUCACCUUCCUCGCUGGUGAGCAAGCGGGUGAGCAGGUGUGGAGCUUUUUGUUUCCUGCCUCCACCAUGUCCCCCUCACCCCACUGCCAGAGCUCUAAUGCCUGAGAGCGCAGAGCGGGUGGCGGGGAAGACUCAGGCUUGCACGAGAUUGGUGGCAGCAGCGGCUGCUGCUGUGUCCAAGACUGCAGAGAAAGGCUUUUCUUUCUCAGCCUGCAAUCGACCAGUAUCUGUCCCAGGAUCUCCAAGUCAAUCGAUGUCUUGGACAUGCCUGAACUAAAGCAUCGCCAAGUUUGUGUAGGUGAUGAGCCUGCUCCACAGGCCCAUUCAUGCAGCUGUCCCACAUCCACACACCCCAUGAAACACCCCAUUUGUGGGGAUACAGCAAUGAUACUACCAAUGGCAGGUCCAAACUGUGGAACUUUCUGCAGGAGUGGUCCAUAGCAGACAUGCCCACUGACCAGCAACUCUGAGGAAUAGGCUUGCUCUGUAACCUAUUUUGCAUUAUUGAAGUUCACGAGCCAUGACUUCAUUUCCUAAGCCCUGCUGCCAUACUCUAGAAAUAUCACUAAUCUUUACUGCCCUUCUACAGUAAGCAAAAGGAGCAGAAACAAGAAGCGGUCCUCCUUCUUCUUCUGAUUUUAUUCAUACGCGAGUGCUUGAGCAGAUUCAAAUUAUUCAUUUAUCAAUUUAUGUUAAUUGCUUGUGAGAAGAUGCCCUGCUGGUCUUUAGAGUUCCCUCAGACACUUUGUAAUGAUAAUUAGACAUGCUCCUGUAUGGAUUAACAGUGCCAUAGUCCAAUGACGUCUACAGACAAUGGAACCAGUUAAUCCAUCUGUGCUUAAAAUUACAUCCCAACUGGAGAUGGAAAAAAACAUAAGAGGGAGGGAGGAUUAAAAGAAUGAGUCUCAGCUUGAAAACUCUCCUUUUAUCAGUUUCUCAAUUGUAGAUCUGCUGUCGCUUUGCCUGUGGUAAGCUAUUGGCAGUCAAUUAGGUGAAAUAAACGGGGAGGGUGACCUUCAUUUCCUUUUAAUAGCUAUUCCUCCCUGCAAUGGGGAGUGUCAGUGGAUUUUCAGCUUAAAUUUUAUUCAAGCUGCUUUAUUACACUUGACAGAUUAGCUUUGCAUAAACAUACCCCCCUUUUGAACCGAAUCCUUGUUUCCCCCCCUCCCAUCCAAUCAACUACUUAAAAAAAUAAUUAAGUCUCUAUUUGUCUGAUGUCUGAACAGACCCUGCUUGUCUAAUAAAUUCUUAAUUUGAAAGUUCAGCUCAAAAGUUCAUCUACCUAGUGUCUCAAUCUCUGUGUUUGUGUGUGUGUGUGUGUGUGUGUGUGUGUGUGUGUACAUUGAUUUAACAAACACCUCUGGUUAAUGGGCACAUUUUAAAUAGUGGUAUCAAGUAUACUUUCUGAGCUUCGUAGCAGACACAGAACAGUGCAAAUACAUUUCUUUCUUCUUCAUCAUCAUCUUAGAAACCUUUUGACAUUGGACCAUGAAGCUUUUGUGGCAUGUCUGGCUGGGUUUGUCUUUUGCUACAAAGUGCCUGUCUACCUUGAGAAGGGCGUACAGCUCUGACCCAAGCUCAUUCUUUUACAAACUCCAUUCAAUUGAAUACUAGUCGCACACUGCACUGAGUUCCUGCUUUGCAGCUCCAGCAUAACAUUUAUUGACAGUGUGUUGUUAAAGGACUCUGACUACCAUUCUUUAGCUUAAUAUGCUAACAUAGUUUUAAUCUAGGAACAUUUGCUAUUUUUCUAAGUCCUCCAGCAGCUGUAAUUUUGCUGGAUGUGCAGUGCAAUUCUGUGCAUGUUUACUUGGAAAUAAGCUCUGCUGAUUUCUGUGUCGCUUACUCCCGAGUAAGUGUGUAUAGGAUUGCAGCCUUGAGGUAUGAACAUGUCACUGCCAGCAGAAAUAAACUUCAGUUCUCAGAGAGUAUUCAUAAAUACUACAUUCAUCCCUAUCUAGCACAGUCAAACUCCCACAUUCCACCCUUUCCCCCAAUCUCAGCUUCUUGCAUAGCUGAUCUGACAAUUCUAUUAUAGCCUGAAGAACAGUUGUGUGUGUGCUUGUGUGUGUAUGCACACACACACACACUGGAAACCUCACUAUUUUCCCCCCUCCAUGUUUCCACCAAGUUGGUCCAAGAAGAGAUCAUCUCUCCCUUUGCCACAUUUGUAUACAUCAAUAAUUAUCCUAUGCUGCACAAUAAGUUUCAUGCUCUGACAUAUGCUUGAUUUGUUUGAAAGGGAUUGUGUGCACUCUGGAAAAUUGGAGUAGCAUAAAAUUGGGAUGACAAUUCAGUGGACCUUUGCUCCUCUUCAUUGAACAUGCACUGUGUCAGCCUGUCUCCCCAGAGGGGAGGAGGCAUCAGGAGCCUGUCUGUUCCUACAAGCAGCAGCUGCACUGAAAGUAAACGUGGCCCAGUUUGAUAGCAGCUGUCAGUAUUGUUCAGAGACCCAACUUAGUGUAAAAAACAAUAGCGGGGGGGGGGGGGCAGGCAGGGGCGCAUGCUCUUAAACUGCAGCGUCUUUCAAGCUAAUAAAAGAAAUAGUAAUUUAACGGUUUAGAGGUCUAUUGUGAGCGUGAAAGAUCAUGAAAGACUUCUUUUUAAAAUGCAAAUUAAGGCUGGUGCAUUCUCCAACAUUUAGGAGCACAAUCAAGUAGCCAGUGGCUUAACGGUGUUAAAGAGGUUUCUGUUCUGUGAAAGUAGAAGCAGCAGAGGGGAAGGAGAAGGAGGAGCUUGGGUGGAAAGUUACCUAUAUUCCUAAUAGGUGUUCUGUAAAGCGUUUACUGUGCAUAGAGUCUGCAAACUUUAUGCUUCUUGACUUAAGAAAUACGCUGCGCUCCUUCCCAGGAGAUAAUGGUGCCAAAUCAUUGCACAUUAAUGGAGCAGUAGAAGUAAGGGGAGGGGGGAGGGUUAGUGGGAAACAAACUUUUGAAAUGAAAAAGCAGGCCGGGUCAGAGAGGCAGGCACAUAUAAUGUGUGUUGUGGGGAGGAGAGAUACUAGGGGGAAGGAACAAAAGGAGCCCUCUAUAAAAGAGAACCAGACAUCUGUCUCUGCGUAUUGGUCCUGUCCGAAUAGUACAAUGUAAUAGUCCUCUUCAGGCAUUUAUUUUCAAACUCCCUCCAAUUGAAGAAAGUGCAGUGGCCACUCCCCCUGCCCCCAGCCAAGGCACAGUCAGCAUUAGCCUGAAGGGGGAUGCCUUACUCAUGUGUAGGGUUUUAAAAAUAGAGAUGGGAACCAUUAUGGCAUCCUUAUUUUCAGUAUUUAAGCAUGGUGUAGUUUUGUUUCAUUUGGGGGUUUUUUUGCCUUGUAGUGAAGAGAAUCUAGAUUAUGGCAUGAAGGGCUUAAAUGGAUUAUCUUGGUAUAAUUUGAAGGGAUUGGAAGAAGACAGUUAAGCAACAAGCUGGAAAAUUAAAAGUUGUGCACGCCAGGAAAUCUGAAUGACACUGGUAGCAAAUAAAAUCACUUUACAAGAUUGGUUCAGAUUGGAAAAAAUUCUGUUUAAAAAAUACUGCCACCUUGAUGAAUUAUAGAAACAUACCUAAGAGUGCAACACUCACAAGAAACAGGCAGCCUAUGAGAGUGUUUUUAGUUUAGCUUGUUCAGAAAGCAUUUAAUACUUGCGAGGUGUUGGGUUUCCUCCCUCCUCCUCCUCUCUGAGGUGUGCUGCUAAUGGUUCUGUGAAAUGUAUCUCUUGGACUGACAGCACUUGUGAGACAGAUUGAGUUGUCAGCCUCCAAAGGGCUUUCCAUCAUUGCAUGAGGUGAUUGACUAAAGGAUUAGCAAGAUGCCGGAUUAUUUUUCCUCUGCUUGGCUGUGGUUGCCAGCUAUCUCUGAGAUUGUAGUGUGUGAAGCUUAAGGGGAUGAGGUUAACCUCUUGAGGGUGUAUUAUGAGCAUGUAGUUAAUCUUUAGAAAGCCUAUAAAUAACUAGGAUGCAUGUUUUUGUUGUAAAAUAGAAAUGUGGGCGCAAAGAGAAGUGAACUCAAAAGUGUAAUUCUAGAACAGCUUAGCCUUGCAUGAUUUUUGGAAUUGUCUGCGCUGUGUGUUUAGUGUUGAGUGCUGUAUUAGGGUUUGGGUGGGGUUGGUUGAGGGUAUGGGAAGAUAACAAGCUUCUGUUAGGGGGAUAGAUGGAACAAGAGAUUAAAUCUUUAGUGUAUAUAGUGAGGCUUCCAUUGGCUGAGACUCAGAACAAAAUAUAGGAUGUCUUUUGGGGGAACUACAUUUCUGAAGUAUGCAAAAAACCUGAAUUUAGUGUGUUUCUGGGUGGGGGGGAAUACUCUGCUGUUACCCCUUAGCCCCCUUUUAAAUGUGGACCUAUGUUUAUCACAUCACAGAUAAAGCUGUACCUCAUGAUGGAUGAUGUGAGUGUGAGGUUUUUUAAAAGAAAAAGUUGUGAAGUACUUUACCAGGCAGAUUUUUGGACUGGAGUACAGACACAUGAGAAAUUCAUCCAGGCAGCUAAAAAGCCUGCCACGCAUUUUGCACCAGAGUUUCCAUUCCACCCUCGUUCCCAAGUAUUUCCUAAUUUGUUUUCAAACAUAUGGUACUGUGUUCCUAUUCCCUGUUCCAGCCCUUUUUCCAAGAAAUGAAAGUUUCAGAUGCAUUUGUUGUAAAUUUUGUAAAUCUGGUUUGCUAAACAUACUUGACAACAUAUACGGUGAAGUGCUGGUUUCCUUCCUUGGUUUUCCUAUCCUUUUCCCACAGAAGAGAACUUUUUUUUGGGGGGGUGGAGAUCCCCUGAAGACUUAAGCCCUGCCCGACUCCAAGAGUCAUUCUGGUUCCAACGCAGUAAAAAGCAAACAUUUAGUUAUGAAUGUUUAACUUAGUUACUGUUUCUUAAUUCUAGCCAAAUGAACUGGUAUACUGAGACCCUUUAGGCUGUGUCUGUUGUCUGUCAAUGGUGACAGCCACAGAGAGAGACCCAUUAGCAGUCUAGGUUACGUGAUCCCUCUUUGGUUUUGCUGGUUGGAAGCAUGUCAUGGCUAAAAUUGUGUUUCACUUUAGUAGUUGUAGCUGGUGAUCUCUGAAAUGUAACUUAAAGGUAACUUGACUAAAUUACUGUUAAGCUUGAAAAUUUAAAGGAAGGCAUUAUUCACACACACACACACACACACACACACUAUUUUUGCUCCUUGCCUGGAAUUGGGCUUUGUUUGGAAAAGCAAAUCUGCACCCCACCUGUUGCUUUACCUGCAACAGUGACUCUAGAGGGAGGGAACAGGAGACUGAAAUGUGUGUGAGAAUUUUGCAGUUCCACUUCCUUGCCCAUCCCACUGACCGCGCCCUAACUCAAACCUGACAAGUCUGUAGUUGCAUAUAAACUAAGUGUAUGGCCCAAUUUUAUUUUAUUUUUAAAAUGUAACUUAAUCAUGUGACUCUUACUUAAUUGACUGACUUUUAGCUCUGUAAAAAAAAUGAAUAAUGGCUAUGAAAAAGAAGUACAUUUAGCCUUUGAGAUUUAUCCAUGCUUCAUCACAGAGGCAGUCUCUCCUUUGUUUGAAAAAAAAGAGGCAUGCCUCGUAGGAAGAUGCCAUCUGCAACCAACAUUUUUACAAGAGCCUGUCAUGUUUGUAGACCAACCAGUUAAUCAAAUUACCGUAUUUUUUGCACCAUAACACUCACUUUUUUCCUCCUAGAAAGUAAGGGGAAAUGUCUGUGCGUGUUAUGGAGCGAAUGCCUGUGGGUGGCGGGGGGAUCUGCAGCAGCCAUGAGCAGAGGAUCUAUGGUUCCCCUUCCUUCCCUCCUCCGUGGUUACAAAGCAUGGAUCCACAUGGAUCCUCAGGAUUUUUGCAUUGGGCUACUCCAAACUCACUGUCAGAUCACGUGUCUGUGGCCACAGCAUGAACCACAAAAAUCAUAUAUCCACUAUUUCGUUUAGAAUAUUUUUUUUCUUGUUUUCCUCCUCUAAAAACUACGUGCGUGUUAUGGUCUGGUGCGUGUUAUAGAGCGAAAAAUCCGGUAGUUCCAUUUAAACGUUUCAACCCCAGUGUAAAAGUAUAUAUCAGGCAUGGUCAGACUUGGCCCUCCAGAUGUUUUGGGACUACAAUUCCCAUUAUUCCUGACCACCGGUCCUGUUAGCUAGGGAAGAUGGGAGUUGUAGUCCCAAAACAUCUGGCGGGCCGAGUUUGGCCAUGCCUGGUGUACAUAAGACUAGCACUGCCAAAAAAUAUAUAUAUGAGGAAGUAAUGCAGUCCUUAGCCAUGGUUGUGCUUUGCUUCUUGACAAGUGUGCACCUCAUUUAAGGCAUCAUUCCACUCCCCUUUUCAUUACUGGCAUCUUUCUACUUAAUGAUGAACUUGCAGCAUUGCAGUUGCUGUAGGCACAAUGUUAAAUUUGAAGACUAAAUGGGAGAAGAGCACUACCUAUUAACAUCCUUGAUAAUGAGGAAAAAAUGGACCCAGUUUUUAAGAUGGAAUGCUGGAGGGGUGGGGAGAAGGGAGACGGAGCUCAUUGUUAGAGAAGAUGUUUUGCAUUCAGAAGGUUUCUUGUUCCGCCUCUGGAAUCUCCAAUGGAAAAGGAUCAAUGAUAGGUGAUGGAAAAGAGUUCGCAAAGCCUGAGACUCUGGAGAACUGUUGCCAGCCAGAGUGGGCAAUACUAAGCUAAAUGCAGCCCUGUUCAGGGAAGUUUUUAACAUUUAACGCUGUAUUGUUUUUAAUACUUGAUUGGGAGCCGCCCAGAGUGGCUGGGGAAACUCAGCCAGAUGGGCGGGGUAUAAAUAAUAAAUUAUAUUAUUAUUAUUAUUAUUAUUAUUAUUAUUAUUAAUGGGCUAAUCCAACUCCAGUAAAAGGCAGUUUCCUAUGUUCUUAUACUUAUUUUCUCUUAAUGAAAAGAGAAAUCUGUUGUGUGUGUUUUUUUUAGAAAGGCUAAACGAACGUUGCCAUUGGUGAGACAUUAGUUCACUUACACGUAAUGAUAAACCACGGAUUAGAGUGUGUGAGCGCAGGGGUGGACUUGGUAAUGGCUUUCUGAGCAAGGACAAAAUUUGGUGCCCCCCCCUUUAAAUAUUUUCACAAUAAUUCCUCGUUUAUUACUUUGCAUCCCUUUGGCUUGGUGCCCAUAUCAGUGGGCUUGCCAUAUUUCUAGAAGUCAAAUUCAAAGGUUGUUGAGCUUUUUUUUUAGGCAGUCAACCUAAAAGUCCCGGACAUUUUGCCGCUGGCGCUAUUUUGAGCUGGGCAAAGGCUCUUGCUUCUGCAUGCGGUUGUGGUUUGUCACAAACCCUGGCCAGUUUCAAAUGCAGCCAGCUAUAAACUAUGGGCUAUGAUAUGGGCUUGUUAAAACAUGUAUGCUAGUAUAUCUAGCGCUUAGCGUGCUGUGCCUUGUUAGAAUGCAUUUAGGAUUCUCAUUGAGAAAUAUUCUUGUAAAUAUCCUUUUUACAGCAGUUGUAAUAUGAAAUGCUUGUCCUUGCAAUAACUCUUGCCUAGCUUUUUAAUGAUGGGGGCACUGUAGCUGAGCUCAUGACUUGUCCAAAGCCACCUAAUGAGUCUUUGAUUGCUCAGUGUUUUUAUAAACCGAGCUCUCUUAAGUCCUAAAUUUCAUUACCUGUCCAAAUGCCCCAUCUUCAAAUUUUAAAUGAUAAAUAAAAUGGAAAAUUAGGCCUGUUCAUCUGAAAUUCUUGAUCUAAGGUACAUAGAAGAAGGGGGGGAAAUUUCUUCUAUAUUCUCCAGGUUCAAGUUCCUCUUAAACUUGGCACUGUACUCCUGUUUAGACUUAUAACAGACUGUUGCAACCAUUUUUGCUUUUUAAAUCAAAUUGUAACUACUAACCUGAAAUGAAGGGGGUAGGUGGAAAUUGGUAUGUUGGUGCCACAGGAUGUGUCCAGCACAGGACCUGGUAGUGCUCUCAGCUUUGGGGAAUUUCUGUUUGCAUUAGAGAACUUACAAAGAUAAGUAAUUUUAUCACAUUUUAGAAAUGAGAGGAUUUGGCUCGGCCUUCAAGUAGACUAAGCUGCAAGGUUUAGAAUAUUUCCAAGUAAAUCUCAGAUGUAACGUACUGAGGAUAACAGUAAUCAAAGUGAACUUUUCAUUCAGACCAACCAUCUGUCCUGUCAAGUAUUUAACGUAGGAGUUAGUUUAUAAGUGUGGGAGGGAGGAAGAGGAGCAAUAGGGAACAUCUAUAAAUGUUGGGUGCCAAAAUGCGUUUGGAAGGUAAUACUCCCAGCUGAUCUGUUUUGCACAGGAAAUCCUCCUCGUGGAAGCUGCGGUGGAGCCUUAUUUUAGACCAGACCUUCCAAGUCACCACUUUUAAAAAAGUAAUCACGCAACACAGUAGUAGUGGAAAUUAGUUUUUUGGGUUGAGUAGGAGGAAUGUGUGCAAACUGUAUAGUUUUGCCUGCACUAAUUUUGUUAAUACGGGGGUGGAUUUGGAGAGGUGCCAGAUGUCUUCAAGAGUCUAGACUGCACAAAUCUCCUGUUAGUCAGGCUGUAGAUUAAAUUACAGGGCUCAGUUCUGUAAUACAAAGGAGGAUCGAUAUCUGAGGAAAUAUUCUAGCAGUUGUGAAACCUGGUAUGGGGCAAUUAUUUGGAGCAGGUUGAAGUAGUGUGGGCUUUGAAAACUGGAAGUAGCAGUGAGUUCAGUUGGCUAACCAGUUCUCCUUUUCUUUCAUCCCUCCAAAUGGUCUACGUGCCGCUGCUUCUGCCUGGAAAUACCCCACAAAUAACAGCAACAGCAGUUGCAGGCUCAACACCUCUCACACGGCCAUGGACCCCCAGUGCCUCUAACCCCUCACCCAUCAGGACUUCAGCCUCCUGGGAUUCCUCCGCUUGGGAGCAGCGCUGGCCUCCUUGCCCUCUCCAGUGCUCUAGGUGGGCAGUCUCACUUGGCAAUAAAAGAUGACAAGAAACACCAUGAUGCAGACCACCACAGAGGUGAGAGGCAUGGAAAGCCCGAUUAGGACAUUGCCAGGUGCAUAUUUGCACCUUGCUGCAAAUUGCAGGCAUCUCUAAAGAAAUUGCGCUUAUGUUGAGCGAAAGCCGAGAGCAAACUGGUUGCCAGACGUUUAAGAAUGGCACUCUGCAUUUAUACCACUGAAGCAAAAUUCAGCUUGAAGUUUUCAGUCUUUGAAGCUGGGAGAUCGCUAAGGAUCCCUUGCUUUUAUGAAGUGCAGGACAUUUUGACAUCCUGACAGAUGCUUAGUUGUAACCUCAGUGGUCCGCACAAUAUUGUGGAAAAUUGUUAAAACAGAAUAAAUGGGUAAUUUUAUCUUUUUUGAUUAAAGAAAGUGAUCUUUAAUGGGAAGAGUUCUGGGGAGGGUGGGCAAAUGACGGAGUCAAAUUUUGAGGUGAAUGUGUUGAAAUGAAAGUUUUAGAGCAUUAAAACUGUUUUGUAGGUUUGUUUAGGACACCUUUAAAUAUUGGGCAAAAUUGCACUUGAAUAAUUUUUGAAAAAGAAAAAAGUAAUUUAUUCUGUCAUGGAAAGAACUAGGCUUUGUGUAUGGUUAAACUGUAAAUCAUGUUUACAAAAUGUAAUUUUCAGGAAAUCACUGUAUUAGGAAUGUGCAAUGACUUAUAUAAAUAAAAGCCAUUUUAAAACUGUUCGCGGCUUGUGUUCUAAUUUUCCCCCCUUUUUUAUUUCUGUUCUUGCCUCUGUGUCUGAACGGGCAUGUCUGUGCAUUUCUUGGUUACUACGGGAACAGACAGAGAUGCGGGCACAGUAAGUACCAAUAUUCCUGCUAACAUUAACAUUUUUCAGUUACUACAGUAGUUGAUAGCCAGAUAUUCACAUUUUCUUCCCUUGUAGGGCUUACUUGCUACUUCUCUCCUAGUUUAGAUAAUGGGCAUAGUGUCUGUGGUAUGAAUACUGCAGUGCUUUGUUGGAAUAAUAAAAAUAAAAAUAAAAUUUCUAUUGAACAGCUUUUGUAGCUGCUAUGAUAAUAUCCCUACAAACUAAUCUGGUUUUGGAUAGCAACUGCUCAAGCCUGCAUUAAUUGCAUUACAUAUGUGUGUACUUGUGAAAACAGGUGAGAUUAAAAACUUGCACAUUAGCCAUAGCAGGGAUUUGUAGUUUUUCUAACUUUGUCUUCAUUCAUAUACAUAUGUGUUAAGUAUCUGAUUAGCAUAUCAGAUGUUUCAUAUCUAAUCUGCCUUUCCUUUUGUGAUUAGUAUAUCAGACAUUUCCCAUCUAAUCUGUCUUGUACUUGGAAUGUAUUGCUAGUGUCACUCUUAGGCUUUUCAAAAAAGUCUUCUAUUGAUUUUAAAAACCACUUACACACCCUCACAUGGUUCAUCAGAGAACUUUUUUGUUGGUAUCAGGGGCCACCAUGAUUCUUUGGCCAUGUAUAUGCCUAAUUUAAACAAUAUAUCUGUCGUGCAGCAUAUCUAUACUACAAUCAGUAGAUGGCAUUUUUAAAAAUAAUUUUUAUUUGAUUUUGGGAUGUCCCUUGAAACUGGAUUUUCCAGGGUUUACACACAUUCGAAACUGUUUUGUAAGAUGUGAAAGGAAUGUCUUUCUCAUCCCCUCUCAUAUUUUUCCAGUUUAUUCCACACUAGAGUGCAGGAACUUCAAAAGUGCAUUAGAGUAUUAGAAGUACAAAUUCUGUUGGGGUUGCUUAUUACUUUCCUCCGGACACUUGGAAGUCUUGAGAAGUCAUUUGGGAUAUCUGCUAAAGUUGUGAGGUCAUCUUUAGUUCAUUACAUUCCCCAAGAAAUAUAACUGGGUUGCUUUCCAUGUGUGUCAUUGAGCCAUCUAAAGAUUCGUGCAAUUUGCUUCAAAGCCUUGGGCAAAGGUGGAAGAGCAAACAUGUUGCCCACAAUAGUAGGGCUAGAUCAGGAGUGCAAGAGACUGUGUGCAAGAGGCGAGGGAGCAUUGUCACAUGGUCAGAAUGCAUCCCAGAAGCACGUCCAUCCCUGUGAAGUUGUAGAGGGUACUGUGUUUCAUUUGCAGUUGAAAGAAACUGCUGCUCGUUUUGGGUUAAAAAAAUUAAUUUAUCUUUUGCAGCACAGUGUACGCUCGGGUUGCAAACGUGAUCCGUGUUUGCAACCUGCAGUGGUGCAUCUGCACAUGCACAGGUUGCGAUUCAGCGCGCAUGUGCAAAGCACAAUUUAGUGCUUCUGCACAUGCACGACUGUCAACACCCGGAAGUAACCCGUUCUGGUACUUCCGGGUUUCGGCGGUCCAUAACCCGAAAAAACGCAACCUGAAGCGUCUGUAACCCAAGGUAUGACUGUACAUUGUUAUUUUACCUAUCACCCUCAGUGUACAUUGCACUGUCCUCUAGUCUACUUGUAUGUUUCAGCUGCUCAGACACAACACUGAUGUAAGAACUCUUCUCCAACUUCCACUCCUAGCUAUGAGAUGCUUCCCUUCAUUUGGGGGCAGUGCAUGCCAUAGAGCAGGGGUCGGCAAACUAAGGCCCACUGCCUCCAUCGCCCAGGCCAGCGGCAUGGACUCUGUGCCCCGCCGAUACAGAGGAUGAUGCCUUUGCUGCCGAAGACCAGGCGGUGGUGGUGUGAGUGGUGGCAGGGGCGGGGUUGGGGUUCCUUUGGGAGAGGGUGGGUCCGGCCCCCCACAAGGUCUGUGGGACAGUGGAGCGGACCCCUCCUGAAAAAGUUUGCUGACCCCUGUCAUAGAGGUUUCAAUCUAAUUUCAGUCCUUUUACUUUUUCUUCUUCCACUUACACUAGCUUUUUCAAAGCUUAAUACCUCUUCACUGUAUAUUAAAGGGGUCACUUAGCCUGGAUUCUGAGUCCCACCAGCAGGCAGGGUGAAUGAUUGGUCCAGUUUCUCUAUUCUCCCUGCUGUUUCUUUCCCCCAAAAAGCUAUUCCAAAGGACUGUUCUUUCCCAGAACAGUCUGGGAAAGAAGUCAGUGAAAUAUUUGCUAGCACCAUUAGCAACUGCUGAACUAAGCUCUAGUGGAAGAGCUUGCAGUGUCCUAUAUAAGUUGGUUACUUAGAAGUUCUAUGCUUCUACGAGUGUUUGCGCAGGCAGAAAAAACUAAAUCUUGGAUUUAGUUUCUUCUCUUCUACAGAACUCUAGCACAGGGCGUAGCACAGUUCCUCCACCCACACGUGGAAGGACACUUUGAAUUCAACCAAAUACGUUAUUUCUUGCCAUUUUAAAAAGUAUAUUGGAAUGGGAAUCAGAUUGCUUCAGCAGUAAAUAAGGGUUAUGCUCACAAGUGUGAGCAAAAAACAAACAAACCCUUCUUAAUUGGAGAAUGUAAAGCAAAUGUACUCUGUAUUCUCUAAUAAUACCUCAGAUAUUACCUUGGUGUUCAUCUCUGCAUGACAGACAUUUUAUUCCACUGUAAGUACGCUGCUUUUACUCUUCCUGCCAUCACACUUUUGGAGCUGUUCCUGAAAAAGAGAGGAGGUGGGUUUUCCUGAUUUAGUUGCAACUAUAUAUUAUAGUGGACAGUAAGAACCAUUGCAGGACCUGGACUGUCAAAACUGCUGGAGUACUUUUUCCUAUCUGGCUAGGAACUACAUUUCUGGGUGCAUUGAAGGGAAUCCUAAUAGACACCUCCUACAACAGGACCAGCUACUGUACAUCAUACCAAGACAUAAUUUAGCACAAUGAGAAUAAACAACUAUCUGACUUUUAGAAGACACCUGAAGGCAGCCCUGUUUAGGGAAGUUUAUCAUGUUUGGUGUUUUAUCAUGUUUUUGAUAUUCUGUUGGGAGCCACCCAGAGUAGCUGGGGAAACCCAGCCAGAUGGGCAGGCUUUAUUUAUUUAUUUAUUUAUUUAUUUAUUGCUUCAGUUUUCUAUUAACCACAGUUUAGCUUUGCAUCCAAAUCUGAAACCAUGGUUGCCAUUAACCACGAUUUGUUUAAGCGAACCACUUUGGUGACUCAUCUUUUAAAGUUGGUUUGUUUCAAACAAAUGAUUGGUUUGGGCAACAGAAAAAAUAAAUGAUUAUGUAAAAUUGGUUGUGUCUAAACUCCUUGCAGCUGCAUCGGAAGAAAAGAUUGGAGGGAGAAGCAUGUGAACCUGAGACUUUCUGCAGCUCAUUUCUGUUUUGCUGACUUUGGUUUAGUGUGGCAUCUGAAUAUGGCCCUACAAGCCAUGAACUAUGCCAAAGAUGAAAUAUGGAACCUUCUUAAUUGCUUCCCUUAACAAUCUCAGAUUCCAUGCAAGCUUGGCUCCCAAUCUGUUCAGGAUAAUAUGCUCCAGUUGUACCAGCAUCAAAUGAUGACUGACACCCUUCCCUUCAUCAUCAACUACUGCCCCUCAUUAGUUCGAUAGUUCGGGGGCUGGGGGUUUACAGUACCAACAUUUCUGUCCUUUAUUAUCUGCUUCUGAAGCCCAAUAGACAUGCUUGCCUAUAAAGGAAAUACGAUUUCCCUCUUCCAUGUGCUUGCCAUUUCAGCUGUGACCCUACAAUUGUGGGUUGCAAUUGCAUGCAAUGUCAGACAAACGCCAAACUUUGCAUGUCUGAAACAGGCCUUAAGGUCCAACUGCCUUCAGCCAUAAGGUCGCUCUGAACUCCCCAAUUUUAUUUCCUGAUUUUGAUAAUUGCAUAUUCUGUUGGUUAUAUGUUGGUCUUUUGGCUUUUCAUAAUAGUUUUUAAUACAUUUUGAGAAAUUUUAUGAUAUUUUGUGGUUUUAAAUUGGUUUUUUUAUGUUUAAGGGGCUUGUAAACCACUUUGGCAAGAAUUUUUUGCUUUAAAAGCAGCAUACAAACUCAUUAAAUAAAUGUGGACUUUAGCCUAGAGCAGGCUUCCUCAACCUCGGCCCUCCAGAUGUUUUGAGACUGCAAUUCCCAUCAUCCCUGACCACUGGUCCUGCUAGCUAGGGAUCAUGGGAGUUGUAGGCCAAAAACAUCUGGAGGGCUGAGGUUGAGGAAGCCUAGCCUAGAGGGUUCCUUUUAUUCUGGGGCCUCAGAGGUGAAAAUGGGGAUUCUACUAUUGCCCUCCAUCCUUGUAAGAGUGUACUUUCUAGCAUGGCCUUCUCCAGCCUUUAGUCUACAGAUGUUUGGACUUUACAUUAUCUCUGACCAUUAGCUAUGCUGUAGGGGGAUGUAGUCCAGGAAAUGUGGGGUGGAGUGGGGAGAAGAGAGAGGGUUGGGGAAGGCUGCUCUAAAUGAUAUCUCAUUCUCCUGGCCUUUGUUCUGCCCAGACACUGAGGUCCAGCUCUGAGGGACUUCUGGUGGUUCCAUCACUGCGAGAAGCCAAGUUACAGGGAACCAGGCAGAGGGCCUUCUCGGUAGUGGCACCCGCCCUGUGGAACGCCCUCCCACCAGAUGUCAAAGAGAAAAAUAACUACCAAACUUUUAGAAGACAUCUGAAGGCAGCCUGGUUUAGGGAAGCUUUUAAUGUUUAAUAGGUUAUUGUAUUUUAGUGUUUUGUUUGAAGCCACCCAGAGUGGCUGGGGAAACCCAGCCAGAUAGGCGGGGCAUAAAUGAAUGAAUGAAUGAAUGAAUGAAUAAAAUUAUAAACCUGCACCCCUUCCAUUGGCUGAGGCAGCACUAGACUUUUGACUCCUCUACAGAGAGUUGCCAUGUGUCUUCUUUUUCCAGGACACGUUCACUUUUUCAUGGGUAGAGUCGUCAUAGUGAUCCAUAGUUGAAAGCAGAAGUUGGCAACUGUGUCCUCUUUUUCGCUCUUCAAAAUAUGGCAGCCCUAGCAGGCCUGACUAUUUCCUCUUUCCACUUCAAAACAGAGUUGACUACAAUAGCACCUGAUCCUACAUCAAGUCUACUUUAUGCCAAGAAUCUGCUGGUGCUGCCACAAGCUGUCUUUGAACACGCACUCAAAAAUGAGUGGCAGGAGCCAAUUAUGUCUCUUAAUGUAAACAGAAUCUCUCUUAAGCUUCAACCCCUUCUCUAAUGAGAGAGAAGACUUGUUUUCUUCUCCCAGGGAAGAUACUGUGGUUGUGGCUUUGUCUAAUGCUGCAGCCAGCCUGCCUUACGGCUGCAGAUAAUAAAUACCACAUUGACUGCAAGUUAGAAAACACAUUGAAGAGAGAUGCCUCAGCUACAGCCCUUAAGGCUUCAGGCGUAAGUUCCUACUCUGCCAGGACUGGAUGAGCUUAGAGAUCAAAUUCAGAGGGAUAAAAAGAUUAACCCUAUUCGUAAUCUCUCUUAUGGCUGCCUGUAUGGCAGACUCUCAGCCUGUGUCAUGUCAAGCGAUGUACUAGCCAAGGCUGCUUUGGCUCAGAUGUUGGAACAUUAGACCCCCUCAUCCAGUGCCCACCUGUUUAGGGCCUCCUUAUAAGCUUCUAAUGGAACUAGCAGAAAAGAGCGUCUCUUCUCAGGAACUCCUAAACCCUCCUUUAGCUCAGUCCCAGGGGCAGCACAUCCUUUUUUAAAACCAAAAUAUCUUACAGUGACUAUGUCCAAAGGCAGACACAAUCAGGCAAUAAACAACCCUACUUUAGCAACUACUCUUAAUUGCUAGCCCGACACCAAAAAGAGACCAAUUUGUCUUCCGCCCUCUCCGGCAUCCAUUGUGAAGAAGGCUGUCAAACCUCUCUCUGGAAUGAAACCUACAGGUGGUUGUAUGUUAGGCACUAUCUCUAAUACCAAAACUGUGCCACUGAGAUACGGCCUUAUUGCAAAUGCUCCCUUUCUAAGGAAGGUGAUUGCAAGUAUUCUUAGAUCAGUACACUGAUGAUGUCCACCUGAACUGGGAGGGGUUGUGCAAGCCCUGGACCACUGUUUGGACUUGGUGGUGGGCUGGAUGAGGGCCAACAAACUGACUGAAACCUCAAAUCCAGAUAGCUGGUGAGUUACCUGCUUUGGAUGGGGUCACAUUCCCCCUGGGAGUGUAGUCUGGAAGUGAUCCUGGAUGCAUCUUGGUCGCUAGAGGCCUAGUAUUCAGUUCUCUGUGCGUGCAACACAGCACUAUUCCUGUGCUUAAAACUGUUAAGGCAAGGAACUUGCAAGUAAGCUGAAGAAUGACUUGCUGAAGCAACAGUGUCCACCUUUAUUAACACCCAUUCAUCUGUCAUUCAUAAAUAGUCAAAUCCUAGCAGCUAUUGAAAGGCUGUAACUCUUACAGAAGCAUUCAUGGGGCAAGUCUGAGCUCCUCUUUGAGAAAAGAGAGGAGCUAGAAUUUCAUAAUGAGUAAAUAUUGGUUAUUCUGGGUGCAAACAUUUUGCCAUCCCAGCAUUCAUCAGCAUACAUUUUCCUCUACUUAAUAUUUAGCAUAAUUAUAGUCAAGCGUGGGUGUGCACACAUGCACAUUCUUAUAAAUUUAUUUACAGUUUGACUCCCUUCCAUACUUCAGAGGCCUUCAUUUGUCUCCCCAGGCCAGAAAGGGUCUCAGGUGGAGAAGUAUAGCUAAGCAAAUCCAUCUGAACAAAGUACAGUGUUGUGGGACCUGCAUUCCCUUGUGUAGAUUUCCCUUUUAGUUUUCCCCACUGUUUUAACUAUUUAAAUUUAAUGACAGAAGAGCUACAGGGGCCUUAGCAUCCUUGAGUGCCAGUAUGAUAUAGCAAUUACAAGAGUGCUGGGUUAGGGUAUGGAAAUCCCAUAUUCAAACCCAUGAAGCUCAUGUGGGAAGUUUGGGGCAAGUUCUUUUUACCCUAAAACACCUCACAGUUAAAAUGAGGUCAAAGGCCACCCCCAAGCUCCUUGAAAGAAUAAGAGUUUUGAUGUAAUUAAAUUAUUCAUCUUGUUUGGAAUAGGACUAACUUAAUGUGUAAGACCCCUUGAAACUAAUGGUAAUUCCCAUUCAACAGAUUAGCCCCAAACAAAGGAGAAGCUACAUUUUGAAUUUAUAGUAGAAGGGAAUCUUUGAGUAACAGCACCAAAAAAUUGGAGUGGUGGUGGAAUUACUCAUAAAAUUGAUUUAAUCACUUAGGCCAAUCUGGAUAAAUAAUGUAGACUUCAUGUUCUUAAUCCCUGAUAAAUUGGGUUCUGACCAUGAAAGCUGGGAUUAUCCUCAAUUAAAAUGUCUAGUCUACUGAAAUUAAGAUGAAACAAACUGGUUUCAUGUUUCUCUUAGCAAGGUAGUAACAAUUAUUUGACAGAAAUGCAAUCAAUUUACAUUGCAUAAUUCAAUGAAACGAUUAUACUGCUUUGUCUACCCCAGAAUUUUUAAACUUCGGACACUUCUGCAAAAAUUGAGCAAAGGGAUGAAGAUCUCAAACUGGGGAUUUUCCACUAUAGGGGAAAAUAAGUGUUUCAGAAACACUUCAGAAAACAACUCCUACUGGAGUUGAAACCCUCCCCAUUUUGUUUUGUUUCAUUGUGUUUUUACUACAAAAUAGUUGUAACUAUAACAGGUAUAAUUCCGCAGUUAGUAUACGACACAUUGUGCUUUCACUUAGCAGAUAUGUGGAAUUUAAAGUAUGGAGGUUAGGCCUAAGUCUUGCUGCUAUCACAUAUAAAGACGUCAGUGGUGCAAGUAUCACACCUGCAUUGCAGUCAGCUGUAAUGGGAUGGUGAAGAUAAUAUCAAUCCAUUUUAUAACUAUACCUUUCUACCAAAGUGCGCAAGACUCCUUAAAGCAGAAUUGCAACAAAAUAAACUGCUGAAAAUACUAAAGAUCAGGAUGCUUGCUUUGGAAGCAUAGGCAAUUGACAGUUGCGUAAUUUCAUUUAAUGGUUUGUACAGUGCUCCUUCUUUAGAAUUCUAAAGUGUCAAAAUAAAUAAUAUUAAACCUCAACCAAGCCACAUUAAUAAUUACUACUGUAGUUUAGCUGCUGAUUUAACAAAAAACAGUCGAAUGUGGUCAAGACUCCAUAACCUGGCAACAAAAGUAUGGGUUGUAUGUAUGCAAAGUUAUUUCCUGUGGAAGUACAGCACUACUAUGGAAAAUAACCCACUAUACAGGUAAAUACAUAUGACUGCCACUUCCAUUGCUAACUGCUGUGCUGUGAGGGAGCCCUGACCCUAGGGCUAAGGCAAAAUGCAAUCUAGGACUGGGACUGAAGGCAUCUUGAUGAUGGUGGGUGGGGAAAAAAACCUACCCACAAUUGACCUCCUUUGGCGAUACACAUUUCACUUCUAUAUUGCCAGAAGUUUGAACUGUUAGCUCAUUUCUACCUGACCACUGCUUCAGUAGUUAUACCACAGUGAAUAGAGGAUAACUUUGGACAAACUUAUUGGUGAGUCUGCAAGUACUUCUGGCAGGAAAUGCAUAAAGUUCCUAAGUGAAACAGUCCCCCCCAUCCCAUUUUUUCUGUUAUUUAUUCUCAUUACUCACUUCAGUGUGUUGCAAACCACUAGCAACUUGAGUGGAACUGAAGAUCUUUGCCACUCUGCCUCCAAGAUAAGAUUCAUCCCACAAUAAAAAAGAUAGCAAAAUUAGCAAACACAUUUCCUUUCUUCUGAAUGAACAUUAUCACUGAGCCUGUCAGAAGUGAUAUUUGGGUAUGUCCCCCUCCUUUUUUCCCUCCCCACCCCCAUUGCUAGCUCUGUUGCUCCACUCUAUAUUUUGCUCAGGGUGUGUACAAAUCACUGCUGUGUGAGUUGAUUUAUUGUCUGUUUUUCAUAAACAUUUCUGUAUUCUUUUGCUUUGGUAAACUCCAGAGAAUGAUCUCACAUCCUACUGAGUCACGAUCCAUUGUGUAUCCAUAACACUGUCAAGAUUACGUGAAAGCACACAACCUAAUCUCAAAAGAUAGAAUUAGGUGAUGCUGCUGCAAAAGGUCUGGAUUUUGACUUCUUGGUACCUCAGGUUUCCGUAUAAAAGCAGCCUCUCUCAUAGACUCUUACAAAAAUUGUUCUAUUUUAUUCACCAUCUCUCUUCCCAUUUGCCUUUAUUUUAAAAAUAAUUACUAUCUUCAUAACAUUAUCAGUCUUUAAAAUUUAAAGUCUUUGGGGGGGGGACUUGCUUCCCCUCCAGGUAUAGGGUAGUAUAUAAAUUCAAAUAACAAGCAAACAAACUUGAGGUGGAGUUUCAAGAACAGCAUGGCAGCUGCUCAUAACACCCACAUGUCUACUGCCUGCUCAUAGCCAACUGAUAGUCUGCAGCUGCCACCAUGGGUAGGACUGAGAACCUUGAAAAUUGCCUCUGGAGGGGGCUACACAAGAUCAGCAGGCGUAAAAGGUAAAGGGAUCCAUGGCCAUUAGGUCCAGUCAUGGCUGACUCUGGGGUUGCGGCGCUCAUCUCGCUUUAUUGGCCGAGGGAGCCAGCGUACAGCUUCCGGGUCAUGUGGCCAGCAUGACUAAGCCGCUUCUGGCGAACCAGAGCAGCACACGGAAACGGCGUUCACCUUCCUGCCGGAGCGGUACCUAUUUAUCUACUUGCACUUUGAUGGCUUUUGAACCGCUAGGUUGGCAGGAGCAGGGACCGAGCAAAGGGAGCUCACCCCGUCGCGGGGAUUCAAACCGCCGACCUUCUGAUCGGCAAGUCCUAGGCUCAGUGGUUUAACCCACAGCGCCACCCGUGUCCCGUGUACACAAGAUCAGCAGGCAUACAGGCAUGCAAAUCCAGUAGUCAUCUAGAUGUUGCUGCCAAUCUUACUUAAAGCCUUCCUAUCCUGCUUUUCCUAUUGCUCACCCAAGGCAGUUUACAAAUAGUAAAACUACUUGAGAGUGAGUGAAUUGCUCGCUACUGUCUGCAGUGAAUGGCGGCAAAUCUCAAUGGUUCUCUCUGACUCUGUCUAUCUGGAGAUGCUGGGGAAUUCAACUGGGACCUUCUGCAUGCAACGCAUCUGUUCUGCCACUGAGCUAUGGCCCUUCCUCACUAAACAUUAGAAAUCUCAAUACACACUCCCAACAUAAAGUGUAAAAUGCAGAUUAAAAGGGAAGCAGUGACAAUAAGUACGCAUCAAAUACUCAGGGAAAAUAAAACACUUGGCAUCAGUCUGUGAAAUAGGUGGCAAGCAAAUAGUUCUAGGCAGAAUAUUCCAUACGUGGAGCAGCACCUCAGAAAAAGCUUUAUCCUUGGUCACACCUGUCAGUACAUUUCUAUAACACUUGAUUUGAAGAGAAACUUCCGGUCUCUUCCCCCCGCUUUUUCAAUCACAGUAUUGUACUACUUAUGGAAUUAUAGCAGCAUUGCUAUGAUAACAUUACAACAGAUAGUGCUGGUGCAAAUGCUGAUUAUGAGAAUGGUCUUGUAACCAAUGCCAAAUUGAUUUUAAACCAUACUUAGUAUUACAAAUUGCAAUGCAUGAUAUUAAAAAUUAAUGUGCUUUCAAAAUUUCAUAAGGUAAGCACUGUAGAUCAAUAGAAAGUGCCAGCCAUUUUGAGAGUGUUUGUUUUCUAUGAAGCAGUGAAAAAAUCAGAGCUGUAUCAGUGGACAAGUCAUUGGGGUCCUGUUGUAAGGUAAAUAGGAAUCUGCCUUAGACUGAGUCAGACCACUGAUCCAUCUAGCUCAGUAUGGCUCAUUGGAGUUUCAAUCUAAGGAUUGAGCCUGAGGCCCUGCCAAUAUAAAACUUCCCAAUGAGGUACAGCCUUUUUCUCUGGAAAGUCGUUUUCAGAGUCUUUGUCUGAUCAAAUUCCAUAUUUCCCAAGGCAAAAUUCUGGCAUGAAUGUUGUAAUUCCUGCAUUGCAGGGGGUUGUCCCCUUUGUCCCCUUUCAGCUCUGUUGUCCUGUGAUAGUGGUGAGCUGCUUCAUUCUUUUAUAAUGCAAGAUGUGUUGCUAGAUUAGGAGGUCUGCCAAGGGUUUUCCAUCCACCAGAUUCUUGCAAAUGUCUCUGAAUGGCACAGGCCUCCCAAGAGGAUUUUGGAUCCCUCAUGUGCCCUCAGGACCCUUCCCAGUGUAGACUCUUUCAACACUCCACAUGCCUCUGAGGUCAUCACAAAUGACUCCCAACGACAGCGGGAUCUUGGCUUUCUAGGCUCAACAUGAAUUUAGUGUCAUCUCUUGGGCUUAGGGUGGUAGUUUACACAUUGCCCCCAAAGAAGGUACCACUUAUUUCCAAUUUUAGCCAGGGCAGAGGUGGGCAAAUGCACCUCAACAUACUUGGUAUUGGUUUCAAGUCUUUGUGAUAAGAAUGCCCAUUUCAGCCACAUGCUUCAUGGAAGACUUGGGAAAAGAUCUGAGGUUUAAAUAAACCGGUGGCAGCACAAAAAUCAUUUUGGGGGAAAUAUUCAAAGCAUAAGCACCUGCAAAUAAGAAUUGAUAUUUUAACAGAGAAGGAAAUUUCAGGGGGGCUGAAACUGAGUUGUAAUGGUGAAGGAUGGGUGGAAUAUAUUGAGAUACUGUCUUGGGACAGUGAAUAUUGAUGAAAUAUGGAUCUCUACACACUUCUCUCUCUCUCUCUCUCUUAUACACAAACAAACAUACCUGUCUGCUAGCAACGUUCUGUAAAGUAUAUGUGUGGAUGUUUGUGUAUUAAAAGAUCUUUCAAAAUGGGAACUUAAUAUUUGGUCCCAGUUUCUCCCUUGAGCCUUCCUAGUUUCCUUAAGUCACCCGGGGGUAGAAAACAAAAACCCAACCUUGUAUAUUUCAAGCUAAUGAGUUCAGUGAUCCUACAAACCUGCCUUUUCAGCCACAGAACACUGCGGUAAAGACAUGACUGUGAGCUGCUUUUUACUUGAUUUCAUUAGACCCUCCCAUAGGCUUUGUGUAAGAUCCCUAGUGUGUAUUGAGCUUGAAUAGUCAGAAAUAAAAGGGGUUGAAGCUUGCUUUUAAAGUGUGAUUCUUGGAGUGCUGAAGAAAGUUCAGAUUGCUUUAGGUGCCCUUGUUUGUCUUGUUUUCUUUUCUCCUUGCUGUUAAGAAUUGGUGUAUGAGGACUACAAAGCUCCUAGGGUGGUUGUCCUGGGGGGGGGGGGUUUGAUGCGGGGAGCAGCUCUUAGUAAUAUUAGCUUUUUCCCCCCUUCCAGGUGUAAUUAUUAAUAUGUGAAUAACAGUUUUCUUUGAAGUAGCGGUGCUGGUAGAAUUUUUUUUUUGGUAUACCUUUUGUUAAAGUAUGUUAGCAUUAUGCUUCCUUGUAAAGAUGACUUUCAGAAAUGAGGCUUGUCAGGUCUUUGUGAAAAGAGCCCUCUUCUCUCCCCCCUCCACCAACCAUUCAUUCAGCAUUGUUCAUGGCAUUAACACACCAUUGAACAAAUUGCCCUUCUUGCAUAUGCUAAUCCUGAACUUAAAAGAACCCAUUGUGACAUGUUUAAUGCUUUUGCUGGAGGGAAGAUGAGAAUUGGAGGCAUGUCAAAUUAUCAUGUGACCCAGAAAUAUCUCAAAUGCCUCUCUUCCCCUUUGGGUCAACAGUUUGUACUUAGCAUUAUCUAAAAGAAAGUAGCCUGUAGAUUGUGGACACAAUUAGUUCUUGCUCUUGUAUUUUGGCCUUCCUUUCACAUUCUGAGUUUUAUGUUGGAAGUGGGGUUGUUUUUUUUGUUAUUGUUAUUUUAAAGAAGUGCUAAGCAGUAAAUUGGCUGAGACCAACCAUUUUAUCAGUUAGGCAGUAAGGUCAUUUCGCUUCGUACUGCUUUGUGUUUCUUCAGUUUAUGAUUCUUAUGGGUGAUAUCCAACAUUAGUCAUACUCCGAGCAGACUCACUGAAAUAAUUGGACUCAAGUCCAUUAAUUUCUCUGUGUCUGCUCUCAGUAGGAUGACACACAAGCAGAUUAAAGCUUACAUUUGUUUAUUUACUUACAAUAAUUUAUAAGCCGCAAAUACAAAACAUUCCUGAUUGGUGUACACCAUAUUUAAAACAAAGCAAUAUAGGAGUAAAGUAUAAAACAGGAAAGAUUCAUGAAUCUGAAGGCCGUAUUAUAUUCUUCUUGUAUGGCUUGAUAGUUGAAAGGUGGGAACCUGUUGUGAACUGCCCUGUGGUCUUCAGAUGAAGGGUGGUACACAAAUUUAAUAAUAACCACCGCCUCCUGUGGACCUCCAGAUCCUGGUGGAGUACAUCUCCUAGCAUCCUUGGCUAUUGGCCAUACUAGCUAAGUGUGUUGGGAGCUGAAGGUCCUCUGGAGGUUCACAUGUUCCCCACCUCUGUUAUACCAGUUUCUUACGUAAGUCUUUUUGUUGAGUACAGAGAGAUGCAGGCAUAUAAAAUUUCUAUUUAUCUAGAACAACAUGGCAGCCACAGGUAUCUACAAAUUCCUCUUCCACCUGCCCUGCCCAAAAUAGGCUUGAAAGAAGCAUUCUGUUGUAGACAACAAAAUAUAUUUUGAUGUCGUGUGCCUGAUGCCUGUGAUUUUCUUCAGUUUCCAAAUGUGCACCAAAAAGGUUGGUGACCCUCAAACUGGAGCCACUCUUAACUGUUCAGCUGAGAUCCAAACAGAGUUGGCACUCCUGCUGUCUGCUCCUUUCCACAGGCUUUCACUUAAAAGAGGAGUAAUAUAUUAACCAUUAGCAAUGCAAAUUUUAAGGCAGACUGUAAAUUAAGAGGAGAUUAAGACAAACUCCUUUUCAGAAGCACAAAUGCUUUAUGCUUGGCUGAAAUAUUUUUCAUGAGUAAAUAGCCCCUGAAUUUCUCCCCAUAAAAAGCAUUCGAAUAAGACCAUAUAUAAUAACAAGCUCUUUGAUUCAGGUGACUUGCACAAACCUUUUUCCUAAAACAGCUGUUUUGUGGGUAUCUGAAUCUGCUUUUAAGGUUUUUAUGUUUGUAAAGUACUAUCUGGAAAUGUAAUUAAUGUACUUGAAUAGUAAAAUGCUAUCUGGAAAUGAAUGCAAGAAAUGUGCCUAUUUCAAGCUUAGGAAAUGUGUGCAAGGAGAUCUUUAAGGUAAAUGUCUACGACCUUGUGUUUGUGUUUACAGAGUAACUCACUCUUGGUUCCGGAUAGCCUGCGGAGCACAGAUAAACGAAGGAAUGGACCUGACUAUUCCAAUGACAUGAAAAAAAGAAAGGUGGAUGAUAAGGACUCGAGCCACUAUGUAAGUAAAUCUGUCAACGAUGAUUAACUUACUUUCAGAUGCUGUGCAUGUAUGGAGGAACUCAUACCUGGGCUUCACAUGGUCAUGGAUGUGAAAGAGUGAACACUGGCAGCCUAACUUUUGCUUCAUAUAAAGGGAUGUCAAGAAUUUGAUCUUAUUAGUUAUGAAUUGUGGUUCUUUCCCUUCCUUUCCUCACCACCUUCUGGGUCUCUCAGCACCUUUUCUCUGAAUUCUGUCAGGUUGCCAGGAUACCUGCAGCUCUCAUCAUUCCAAGAGUGCUGUCAUUAAGACUGCCAUUAUGUCUGAACUGGGCUUUUUCUUGUUAAUGAAUGACCUUGCUUCUGUGAUCCUUGAUAACCAUACUAACAAUAGGAUAUCUUUAGCCCAGAUAAUGCCUGAAGUGUAGUUCUGCUGCCAAACCUAAGCCUGUCUGGCAGUGUGUGCUCUAUGGAUGGGAGACCAUUUGAGACAUUCCCAGAGUAGAAACAGAGUAGAAUGGUAUAACAGGUGAAGAGCAAAAGCAAGAGACUCAUGGAGAGUGGGGAUCAGGUGCCACCUUGUAUAUCAGAUUAUCUAGCACAGGCACAUCCAACAGGUAGGUUGUGAUCUACCCGUAGAUCACUGACCUGAACCCCCCAAAAGGGGGUAGAUCACUGCCAGUUUUUAACUCUGUGAGUAGAUUGCAGUCUCUUGGGAGUUGGCCACCCCUGAUCUAGCACAUUUGUCAGGUAUGUUUUUAUUUUUGUACAGAAAUUGAUGUUCUCUUUUUAGCUGGUUAUGAUUCAUCCAUCCAUCCAUCCAUUCAUUUCUUACCUGUCAUUCACCAUAAGGUCCGAGGAAAGCUUGCAAUCAUGUACUCAUACAACUAAAAACAAAUAAAACAGUUUAUACAGUUAUGAACAGAAGUGAAAUCAUUCCACAUAAAAGCAUCCGAGAACAAUAAUGAUUACUAAUAGUAAUUCAGUUUAUAAUCUUCCCAAAGAAGCCAAUAACAACAAACAUUGAUAUCAUAAAAUAUUAUAACAACAGAUUAAUACAUUCUUUGAAAAUGUUUUAAAAAACACAUUUAUCAGCCAAUGAUUUCAAGGUUGCCAGGAAUAGUAACAUAUGGUCAUCAAGUGCUUGGGUAAACAGGAAUAUUUUUAAAUUUCUCUUGGAAGUCAGUAAUGAGGGAGACACUGUAUGGUAUCAAGAAAUGUGGUCCAGUGCCCCAGUGGAAAAGUUAACAUACAAGAUGAAAGCAUUUGGAAAAGGAAAUGAAACAGACAACUUUGGUGAUAUAUGCUACCUUUUAAAAAAUUGCAUGCAAUAAAGAAAACAAUUUUAUAUCUUUUCAAAUGCAUAUUAACUUAUGGUUAACAUUCACAGAUCUUGGCUAACUGUAUUGCUUUCUAUAUAUUUCUUUGUAUUACCUUAUUAUAAUGACCAUGUCCACACAUCAGUGAUAUUGAUUUAUUGUACUUUCUUUAAAAAUUAUGCAUUACAUUUAAGCCUACUGUUUGUAUCUUUACCAAAAUCAAAUAAAUACAUUUUAAAAAUAAGGUGGAAGACAGAUAAUCUUCAUCAGGUGGGACUUUUCACAAAUGGGGAACCACCAAUGAGAAGGCUCUGUAGAGAUGAGAUGGCCUGGAAAAAACCCAGAAAAAUUGGGGGAGGGAACCAGGAACGCCCCCCUUUUCCCCCCAAAGCCAUUUUUUUCUGGAAAAAUUGAAAAAAGCAGUUUGAUAUAGUUUGAAUAUUCCACACAUUUUUUUUUCUUUCAAAUUUUCCCGGGGAAAAGGCUUUGGGGAAAAAUGGAAAAAAACUGGUCCCCGCCCCUUCUUUUUCCAGUUUUUUCCCCAGGCCUUCCCAUCUCUACCCAUGACAGAGCCUUCUCUUGGUGGUUCCCCAUUUGUGAAAAGCCCCACCUGCUGAAGUCAUGGGUCAGUGCCAACCAGGCAGCCCCCAGUAGCAGCAGCACCAACGACAGAAAUUAGCAGAACAAUAGAAGCUGGCUAAAGAGGGGCAUCCUCAGCAAACAGCAGAAACUACAAUGAAGAUGCUAGAUGCACUUCAAAAAAAGAGAGCCAGUGUGGUGUAGUGGUUGAGAGCGGUAGUCUUGCAAUCUGGGGAACCGGGUUCGUGUCUCUGCUCCUCCACAUGCAGCUGCUGGGUGACCUUGGGCCAGUCACACUUCUUUGAAGUCUCUCAGCCCCACUCACCUCACAGAGUGUUUGUUGUUGGGGAGGAAGGGAAAGGAGAAUGUUAGCCGUUUUGAGACUCCUUCGGGUAGUGAUAAAGCAGGAUAUCAAAACCAAACUCUUCUUUCUCUCUAUAUCUAUAUCCAGUGCUUUUUCCCCCGGAGGACGCAGGGGUACGCAUACCCCUAAACAUUUUGUGAAUCUAAGUUUGGCCUCAUUGAGGGACAGUAUUUCAAUAUGAGUAGGAAAAUGAGAGUACCCCUAAACAUUUUGUGUGUGGAAAAAACCACUCUCUAUAUCUAUAUAUCUGUCUAUAUCUCUAUUUGUAUUGUUUAAGCCUUGGACUUGCAAUGUAUUUGAUCUGUAUUUAUGUUUGGUCUUUCAGCUAAAGUUAAUAGACAUACUGUAGUAAAGUGUACUGACCAAAAACAAAUACUUUGUUUUCAAAUUUAGGACAGCGAUGGGGACAAAAGUGACGACAACUUAGUUGUGGAUGUGUCCAAUGAGGUAAGUUGCUUUGCACUGGAAUGUAUAUAAUUGGAAGUGGGGUUUUUUCCCAAGGCACUGCACCAUGUUUCUGAAAGUUGUGGAUUACUUUUGCUUAUCUAUGGUUGAAUAUCUGAGCUACAGUAGUCGUCCCUGUGGUCACUGGUCUCUUGGAUAGGCACAGGGUAGUGGGGCAUAAUAGUAGUGAUUUUCCAUGCAGAGGCCAGAAUACUUUCACCACAAGUCAUGGAUGCUUUGGAGUUCUUAAUCUGAGGGCCUUCUGGCGGUUCCCUCACUGCGAGAAGUGAAGCUACAGGGUAUUAGACAGAGGGCUUUCUCGGUAGGGGUGUCCUCUUUGUAGAACACACUCCCAUCAGAUGUCAAGGAACUAAAUAACUAUACAACUUUUAGAAGCCAUCUGAAGGCAGCCCUGUAUCAGGAACUUUUAAAUUCAGUGCUUGCUAUUGCCUUUGCCUUGCCCACAAACCAUCCAGGACCCUUCAUCUCCACGGGCAAGUCCUGCUCAUUCACCACGUGAGAACGGCAUAGACAAGAACCGCCUCUUGAAGAAAGAUGCCUCUAGCAGCCCAGCAUCCACUGCCUCAUCCGGAAGUUCUACUUCCAUGAAAUCCAAAGAAAUCGGUUUGGUGAGUGUUACCCCUCUGGCCUGACCACUGUUGUAUAUUUGGAUGCCUAAUAAUUAUCUAUUUCAACUUCACGUGUAAAUGGUACAUGUCGGGGGUAGUGUUAGAUUGGGGGAGUGAGCCACCACCUAAGAAAACAUAAGGUGGUUGUGCAACUAAUAAAUGAAAUGCCUUCUAAUCAAACACUUGUUUAAACCCAGCUCUCUCAAGAUCAGUGAGAAUUUUGCCCUUUCAGUUCACUGAGAUAUGGUUUGCAAUUUUGUCAAAUUAAUUUGUUGAAAGUCAAAACAGUUAAGUUUUCUAGGCUGCAGCUCUCAACAGAUUGUCAAACACACAUUUGUCUCUAGGACCUUCGGAUUAAUCUGAGAAAGUAUUCAAUAUUUAGACACAUAUUUUAGGCAUUAGGAUCUAAGCAGUGUGAUCUUCUGUCAUUAGCAUCAUCCAUUGACCCUUCUGUACAUGGGUGAUGUUGUAAACUAAUUUAAUUCCUUUCAAUUAUUUGAACUGAUCAGUUAACCAAAUGUAUGAAUAUUUUGACUCCCGACCAGACAAAGCAGCAUUGAUUUCUUUUUAGAUUUUUUUGUGACUAUUCUCCUAGAUUUUCUAAAUGUUAUGUUAUGUUUUAUUUAUAUCUCUUAUGUUUUAUUUAUAUAUCACUUUUCGGCCCCAACCUCUAUUUAGUUGCAAACCAUUAUGUUUUUAUUGUUAUGGCAACCAGUUAGUAUGCUAUACAGGUAAUAUGAAUUUUCAAAUUGGAAUCUUGAUUUAUAUCAAUGAUUUAAAUUGGUCUUCUCUCUCUCUCUGAUGUUUAAAUCCUAAUUUGAAAGCUCCCGUUUUCACAUACAGCAUAAAUGCUGCUAAUGUUCCUUGGAAUUUAGGAAAAUAAGUCUAGAGAAUUAGGCAGUUAGCACUCAGCAUCUCAGUUGCUGUUGUGAUCAAUUGUGUAACAUGGCCUGGAUAAAAAGCAAUGUUUCUUGAUACCAGCAUGAAAAGGGCAGCACACCGGUUCUGAAGUCCAGCACACCAACCCCACGAAGUGAUGUGCCAACCCCAGGAACCAGUGCCACUCCAGGCCUUCGUUCAGGCCUUGGCAAACCUCCAUCAAUGGAUCCUCUGGUCAACCAAGCAGGUAACACAAACCUCUUUUGAUGUUGUUUCCUUCAUGAAUACUUAUAAUCAUUAUCAAGAAGAAUGAUGUGUUAAUAGCUCCCCUAGCUUGUGUCUGUCUCUCUCUGUUUCUGAUGUGUUUGCAUGCUGCUGCCUUCUGAAAUACUAACAUAGUUUGAAUUUCUGAUCAUUAUUCCAAGUGCUAGUUCCUUUCUGAAACUAUUAUCCCAUAUUUGAGACUGAGACAGCUAAUGUUUGUUGAAGUGCACAUAAUGACAAACACAGAACGGCACCAUGUGCAUCUGCGUGCGAACUGCAGUCGGUUGCAGCACCAAAUGUUAUAAAUUAUGCCCAGUCUCGAAAGAAAUAUGCCCAGCGACCUCUAGAAGUGUUUCUCAUGGGCUGUGGGGAGAGAGAGAGAGAGUGUUGCAGGCAGUCAGGAUGUGAUGAAUAUUAUCUACAUUUUCAUGUGCCUCUUUACAUCUGCUUCUUUAAUGGGCAAAUGUUAAAAGCUAUCACAUUCAGUAUUGUUGAAAUGGGUUUAUCACAAUCGUACGCACAGUUCUAUAAUAAUUUUUUUUGAGAACUAGUAAUUGAUCAAAGUUAAAAUUAUAGAGCACUUAACGGAAUUCAACUAUGGAACACUCUAAAGCAUAUUAUUUGCUUCAGAGAAGAAGGAGGCUGUACCCUCCCCUCACUUCUACCUGUCAGUCCCCUUUUACUAUAGCAGCCAUCUCCUCCGCCCCCCGAUCAUUGCUGGGGACACGGCUUAGGCACCACUACCCUGGCAAAUCUUGGGGUGAGGGCCACAGCCCCCUCUGCUCCCAUGUUUCUGGAAUCCAUAAAUAUGCAGGUUCUGGUCUACACAGCUGCAAUUUGGAGAUGAUGUUAAGCACAGUUUGGAUUAUAGCUAGCGCUGUGGACACAAUAGUUUGGGUUUUGUGGAAGAAGCACCCAUGUGGAAUUCCAGGGUGCUUGUUGCUUUCUGUGAAGAGGGACGACAAAGGAAACUGUCCUGAGCAUCAGUAUGUUUUCUUAUUGUACCGCAGCUGCUGGCUUGAGGACACCUCUUGCUGUUCCCGGACCGUACCCUGCUCCGUUUGGAAUGGUACCACAUGCUGGCAUGAAUGGAGAGCUGACCAGCCCAGGAGCAGCCUAUGCCAGCCUACACAACAUGUCCCCGCAAAUGAGUGCUGCUGCAGCCGCAGCCGCUGUGGUUGCCUAUGGGCGAUCCCCUAUGGUAGGCUUGCAAACUGAACUGGGUGGGGACAGGGCUCACCGAGAGAAACCUCUAUGCAACAUUUGGCAUUGUCAAGCUCCUGGGAUAUAACAGCACCAGAGACUUUAUUGCUCUGCCGUGUGGCUUAUGAAGCUACAUGGCAGGAGCAGCUGAAACUACUUUCCCCCUUAUUUAAAAAAGUGAAGGGUGUAUCUGUCCUAUUUAUGUAUGCUGUCUAGUUUUUGAAAGCAGGCUUCAUUGCCUUGCUCCAUUAAAAGGUAGCUUGAAACCAUAAAAUUGUUUCAUUGGUUUGCUGAGCACUUGAUUAUUCUCUUGGGGAAGAAGAUAUAUACACUUAGUGAGUAUCUGACAUUCAUUUUGUUGCAUACAGGAUUUUAUUUUUCUGUUUCUGUUUUCGUAUCAUUGAAAUAGAGCAAAGAUGGGAAACCUGUAGCUCUCCAGAAGUUGUUCAGCUCCCAUUAGCUCCAGCCAUCAGAGAUGAUGGGAGCUGUAGUCCAACAAAUACAUGGAAGGCAACAGCUUCUCCAUCUCUGAAAUAGAGGGUCCUCCUCCUUGUAGACUGUUCUGUAAUGGAAGUGAUAUAUCAUAGAAGCACACACCCAUCACGUAUUGUCUCGGCUUUUUGAGACCCUAGUAUUCCAAAUUCCUCAGUAUGUGGAUCAAUUUCAUCAUGUGGUGAGAUUUGUGUGAAAUUGUGGCUACGUUCAGGUGCAGCAUUAAACUGUAGCUUAGUUUUUAUGAGAGUGUGCAAAUCUUCGGCUCAAGAGCUCCUUCCUGGGCUCCUCCAUCACAGCCAUGACACAGAGAUGGAAAGAUUCUGCUUCCUCAGCUAUCAUCCAAACCUUAAACUGUGGUUAGUCUUGAUUGUGGUUAGUUGAAACAAGUGGACUUCAUAAACCAGGGAAUGCCAACUCUUUUGGACUAAUGGAUGCAUUUUGAAUUUUGAGAGUGUGCUGAAGGCAGCAGCCACAAAAUUGCUACCAUAGAGAGGGUGUGGCAUAACACGAAAUGGCUCCCAUGUGGAGCAUGGUAUAACACAAAAUUAGAGAGACUGUUAUUCCCCCAGCAACCUUAGGUUUACCAUGGUAAGUCAGCUGUGUGUCAGCUGAUUUCUCACUUACAUGCACACUGAUUCUGUUGCCGUCUGAUAAUAACAGAGAACGUCCCUCAGUUCCAGGAAAAGUAUACAAUGCAGCUAUACCACUCUCCUUUCACAGAAAUCACUUAGACGGUACCUGCACAUUUUGCCCCAUAACCUGCUUUCUACGAGGGUUAGAGACUUAUUUUUAGUAGUAGUAGUAGUAGUAGUAGUAAAAAGGUAAAGGUAAAGGACACCUGACAGUUAAGUCCAGUCGCGAACGACUCUGGGGUUGCGGUGCUCAUCUCGCUUUACUGGCUGAGGGAGCCAACGUUUGUCCACAGACAGUUUUUCCAGGUCAUGUGGCCAGCAUGACUAAGCUGCUUCUGGCGAAACCAGAGCAGUGCAUGGGAACGCUGUUUACCUGGAAUGCUGUUUACCUGGAACGCCGUUUACCUGGAAUGCCAGAGCAGUACCUAUUUAUCUACUUGCACUUUGACGUGCUUUCAAACUGCUAGGUUGGCAGGAGCUGGGACUGAACAACGGGAGCUCACCCCGUGGCGGGGAUUCGAAUCACUGACCUUCCGACUGACAAGCCGUAGGCUCAGUGGUUUAGACCACAGCGCCACCCAUGUCCCAGUAUAAUAAUAAUAAUAAUAAUAAUAAUAAUAAUAAUAAUACAGUCUGGGACACCUCUGGAAGUCGUCAUGAGCAUAAUGGCACCCACAGGCAUUUGAUUGGUGUCCUCUGUCAUAAACUUUGACUAGAUAUUGGCUUGCUUCAACUGACUAUCAACCACAACCACUGUUGGUCAAGGUUCGGAUGACAUAGCAAACUGCAGUUAAGUCUAGAAAAAGAGAAAGCUUCCAAACACCUCAUGCCACACCAGAGGAGGAAGGGGAAGCACAAAUGUUCCAAACUCACUACAGAUCUCCCAUUAUGUCCAAAUGAAGCCAAUAUGUGGUUUUUCAAGGCCUUCAGAAACAUGCUUUAGACGUGUGUCUUGUCUAUAACCUUUGAACACACACACUUACUUUUUGUGGUGCACAAUAUCAUUCAUUAUUAAAUUGUUUUGUUUAUAACAAAAAUCCACAUUCUCAUAAUCACUACAAAGGAAUUAUAAAUUCAAAAGUGUUGAUAUUUACUGCAGAUAAAAUCAAUACAGUAGAGUUGAUUAAGGCUUUGGUGUACUUUGUUGUAUGCAUGAAUUGUCUACCACAAAAUGAGACAUGCACGAAUAUAAUUUAGCACCUAUUUGCCUUGGCCAAUGAUAAACAGGCCCACAUGUCUAGUUAACUUGGGUUUUGAACAAGCCAUUUCAUUGUUACAUUCACAUGAGGUAUAAAAUCAAUGCCUGUCUUUCGUGAGCUUCAUGCUGUGAGAGCCAUUGCUUAUGUGGCCAAAAUGGCAGCAGCCAUGCAGAAGGGAGAAGUAUAAGCAAGUUUGCACAAAACAAAAACAAAAACAGAAGGAGGGGCAGGAGAUUUGCAGAACAGCCCAGUGAAACCUGAGCAUGCUCAGUGGCUAUGGAAUGCAAAUGCUUUUUGUUCUGGUGCAGCCAAUGGGGAAAGUGUGUUUUCUAAAUGGUCAGCGAGUUCUGAGACAUCUAUUUGCUCACUAUCAGGUUGGAUUUGAUCCUCCUCCUCAUAUGAGAGUACCCGGCAUCCCUCCAAAUCUGACUGGAAUCCCUGGAGGAAAACCGUAAGUAAUGUCUGACAGCAUAACUAAGUCUAAAUCAGCCAGAGCUCAUUCUGUUUACCUUUUGUCAACACAUGACAGUUCCACAGGGGAAGGUACGUGGAAUUUUCCAGAAAGGUUACAGCCAGCUGCUGAUAAGGAUUUUCAAAAUACAAUCACCAAUAGCAUUUUCAUACUGUUUUUAUUUCUAGUGCAUGCCAUUUCGUUGGCAUGUUAGAAGCAAUUGGCAAGAUGUGCUUCUCUUUUCCUAGAACUUUGCCUCACCAGACUGCUGAGGAGGAAUUUAGUACUUGGGUGGAAUAAAGAAAAUAUGUCCUUGUUUUGAUUUGUUUUUAAUCUGAAAACCUCUCCUGUGAAGAUAGGAAUUCCUGUUUCUAAUUUUAGUAGGAUCUGAAGAUUUAUUUAAUUUUUAGGAAUCAUUAAAAUGGGAAUCUGUACUUCUCACUUGCAUGGAAACAUGGCUGUGCAUUCCAUGCCAUUUGUGGCUUUUGCAUGUAGAUUUUGAGAGCUUCUGGCCUGUGUGGUUAUUGAGAGCAGUGGCAGCUGAUGCCCACCAGACCUAGAGGAAUAGCCAGGUUGUUGGGGGUUUCUCCCCAUCCCCAUCCCUUGCAAUGCUACUGUGGACACUUUGGCAUUAUAGUCUUAGAAAUAGUACUUCACUAAAUUUUCAAUUUCUUGUGUGGGUUCAUGCCAAAGAAGCUAUGCAUUUCUUAGAAGUAAACCACACUGGAUUCCAUGACUUCGCUCCCUGAUAGGUAUGCAUAGGAUUGCAGCCUGAAUUGGUUCAUCUUAAAAGAGCCACACAGGAUUGUUAACAGGGGAACAGAUCUAUGGGGAACUAUUAUGCAUUCCUCACCACCCCAAAUGUGGAAUGGAGAGAUAUAAAGAGGACCUGGGAGUCAAGGGCCUGUGUGACGUUGCACCAGUCAUUGUCUCUCAGCCUAAACUGCUUCACAGGGCUAGUGUGAGGAAAGCAUGAGGUGAAAGAUGACCCAUGUAUGCUACUUUCAGCUCCUUGGAGGAGAGGUGGAAUGAAUAUAAGCAUAAUACUGAUAAAUAGGGGGGAAACAAAAUAAAAAGUCUUAUAUCUGGCAAUAUCCUGAUUUUGGAUUGGAUUGAAUGGAACACAGGCUUGCAAAGACAUGCAUCUGAUUGGGUGGGGAGGCUCCCGCUAGCUUUGCCUCAAUGCUGGGACACUUUCAGGGUGUUUCUGAGGGACUUGGAUUGACGAGAGUUAAUUCCCCAAGAAACAAAAUCAACAUGGAGGUUCAGAGGGGUUCCCUGGUACUCCCAUUGAAAUUCUCCACUCCUGGAGACAGGAAUGGGGCAUAGAGGUGAUUGUGAUUGGCUGUGCUGCCCAGAGAUGUGAUUGGCCAGCACAGGAGAUGAAGCAUGUCCAGAGUGUCUUGUAAUGUGAGGUACUGUAUCAAAUAUGAAUGUACAGGACAGAGAGGCUUUGAGGCUUUAGGGUGGGCAGUGCCCCUCCUGCCCUAAUGGACCAGGAUAAUUUGUUGUGAUUGUUUAAAUUGCAUGCUUGCAAAAUGUCUGGUGCUAAAAAACUAAAACCAACAGCAAUAUGAAGCUAAGGACCUUUGGUGUCCUGAACAGUUCAAUAACCCAUUGGCUGUUAUUGUUUGGUCCAUGUUUCUUAGAAUUUAUUUAAAAACAAUACUCCAUAAUACCUAGUUCUACUCCCCUCCCCUCUCUUUCUCUCUUUCUCUUUGCUGGACGCAGCUUCCAUCUUAGCUUGUGCGUACUAUAUAAAUAGACAAGAUAAACUUUGAAAAUCCUAGGUGCUGAGCUGAUCUCCUUUCAUUAUUUGCCUUUGAAACGAGGCUGACGCUACGCCUGAUCACCCCAAGGCAGCGGGAUGCCUUCAGUUACCCAUAGCAACUUUCUGAUGGCAUAUCCUUAUCUGUGAUAGAUAAGUCUAUUGAAAAUUUCUGGUGUAGGAGUACAGAUAAUGCACCGUCUGCCACAGAUUCAUAUUGACAGCAGGAGAGUUUUCAGCUUCAGUCUGAAAAGCUUGCUUCUUUCAGGCACACAAAUCGAGAUGUCACAUUGAAUUUAUUUUGUAAAUGGGAUGCAGCGUCCUUGCUGUGUAUCCUCUUCUUAGUAGGGGGGAGAUUUCCAUUCCCCUCCCAAACAAAUAACUGCAACUCCUUCCGUGUCUCAGCUGACUGGUGCUCUAUUAUUUCAUACCCAGAGCAAGUUGUGUGUUGCCUUAUGUUUGGGUUUGUUUUAAAGCCUUGUGUGCUAGUUCUAUCUUUCCUGAAAAUAGCAUUUUUGUACAAGCUGAUGACAAUUAGAAUAGAAUUGGUUGCUGUUUUUUAAAAAGAAAUCAGCCUCUUAGGAACACACUCUUGUUUUCCAUUCUGCUGCUAUUGAAAGAACUCCCUCUGGACAACCUGCUUCCUGUUUCUCCUCUACCACCUGACAACAUGUUAACAGAAUGUAAGGCCCACAACUUUUUUUUAAAUAGCCUGGCCCUUGUUAAAGGCUACUUGUCUUUAAAAUCCUGAGGUUGACUUUGGGCAUUAAUGAUGUAUGCAAAUGCUAGAAGCAUGGGGAUCAUGCUUGCUGUGCUGAUGUAUAGCAUUAACAUCCAAACAUACUGUAAGCUUCUUUUCAAAAAUAUAGUCUCCUUUCUACUGCUUGCCAUUUUAUAUAGUAAUCCUUGUACACAGUGAAACUUCCAAGACAGCAUGCAUAGAACGGUAAAGGUAAAAAGUCAGCAUGCAUAGGAUAAGAGUCAUAGUGGCGUUGGCCAAUUGUAAGCUGACCUAAAAAGUUAGGUGUCCUUCUGUACAGUGGUGUGGGUUUUCUGGAGAAAUUUUGAACCAGAAAAAUUUGCAGUGCAAAUUAGGCUAAUUUGCAUAGUAUUCUUUGCAUGGAACAUGUACAGUUCACAUUAGAAAAGUUACUGAUGCCCUAGAGAGUGCUCUAGUUUAGCAUGUUUAUUUUACUUUUAUUUAGUAAGCAAAGCUAAAAACUUUGAAACUGUUCAAGCUUGCCUAGCAUUCAAUUUUCAGUUGGCAUCUAUUUAUCAUUAGUAAUGAACAUGGAAAAUUAAAGCACUUACAUUUUUUCCAGCUCAUAUCACUGCUCUUUUGUUCUUUGAGAUACAGUGGUGCCUCGCAAGAUGAAAUUAAUUCGUUCCGCGAGUUUUUUUCGUCUAGCAAAUUUUUCAUCUUGCGAAGCACGGUGUCGGAAAAGUUUUGGAAAAGCUUCAAAAAUCACCAAAAACCUCAAAAAAGGCUACCACACCGCGUUCUCUGAGUUGCUCCUCGAAGUCAAGUCGCAACUGUAUUAACAGUGUUAAGAAAAAGGAAACAAACUUGCAAAAAACGCAAGACGUUUUCGUCUUGUGAAGCAAGCCCAUAGGGAAAUUCGUCUUGCGAAGCAGCUCAAAAACUGCAAAACCCUUUCAUCUAGCGAGUUUUUCGUCUUGCGAGGCAUUCGUCUUGCAGGGCACCACUGUACUGCAUCCCAAAUUAUUUUUCAUGCAAGAGGUCCCAGACUGCCUUUUAGACAUCAAGACUGUAGCCUAUUUUCUUUCCAAAAGAGUUUCCUUCUAAGCUUCUAGUUUAUUUCCAUCUUUCCGUCUAGUUGUAGUUGUGGUUUAUUCUGGUGCAGCCUUUUGUAAUUUCACCUCCAUACAAAGUAGUAAUCAGUGUGAUCCCACAGCUUCCUAACUUGUGCAUAUCUGGAUAGUGAAAAUGGUAUGUGGUCAUGUUGAUCUUCCGAUAUAACAAUAUUGGUCUAAUGAACCAUAGUUUAUUAGUGUGACCCCACACACCAUAGACUGAGAAUGAGAUUUGUGCUCAGGCACUCUAUCUUCACUCCCUCUCUUCUCAUCCUUUUAUGUGCCCAGCUUCAGUGCCACUGUGGAGGAGUGAGUGCAUAGCCCACCACUCCUUCUGUCUAAUAGGCCAUGGAUUAAACUGCAAUUGUUAGGUCUGAAUGGGGCCAAUGUGUCUUACUUGACCAGGUAGUUCAAAAGUCUUCGGGCAGCGUGUUGAGAGAGGGAAACUAAUUUCGGUUAUAUGUUGAUGGUGAUAGGUCCCUGGCUGAGUUUCUUCUGUUUUAUUUUAAAAGGGAGUGCAGAAUAACUAAAUUGCAUAAUCAAUAUUUUAAGCCCUACAGAGAAUCUAGCAAAUGGGUAACUAGCAGUAAGUGAAAGUAUGAGGUGGAUGAGGAGAGCACUUUAUUUCCUAUUUUACUUCCCUUGGUUCAUGUGAUGUGCUUCGGGCCUCUAAGCAUUGAUUCCUCCCUCUCUCUCUUGAAUAGCCAUGCCUUCCUAUAAAUCAUCUAGUGUUGGCAUCUGCUGUGAAUCACUGAAUGGCCAAGGACCUUUUUCAGGGGGCAGGGGAGAUGUUGUAGGGCCACGAUAAGUAAUCAUUAAGCACUGAAGCCAUUCUUCAAUCGAUCUGAUCACAAGAGCAUGGGAAGCUGCCUUCUACUGCCUCAAACCACUGGUCCAUCUAGCUCAGUGUUGUUUACACGGACUGACAGAGCCUCUCCAGAGCUUCAGGCAAGGUACAUUCCCAGCCUUACCUAGAGAUGCCAGAGGUUGAGCCCAGGGAUCUUCUGCAUGCCCGGCAGAUGCUGUACCUUGGAAGGUCAUGACAGCAUUUCUCCAGAUAAAUUUAGGCAUCUGUUCAUGUUGAUUUGCGUUUUGCACUCAGGAAUUGAUAGGUGUGAAUUGCUGGGGGAGGCAAGGAACUAAAAAUAACAUUUUCACUUUGCAAAUACAACAUUGCAUCAAAACUGUGCCCACAUGGCUAUUUCCCAAGCCAGGUGGCAGUUGUGUGGAAAGAAGGCACGUCACCGGCAUUGCACAAGUGGUGAGCUUUCCUUGAGCCGCUCCACAACAUCUACUCUGCUUGCAAGUGUGAACUGGUACACAGUUAUGACUUAGUAACUGAAAUAGGCCAGCUUUGUGACCUGGGGCUUCCCCUCCCACCUUCUUCUUUUCAUCCCAAACAGAGCAUACUCAUUUCACGUUACUGCAGAUGGUCAGAUGCAGCCAGUUCCUUUCCCCCCAGAUGCUCUCAUUGGACCAGGAAUACCGCGUCAUGCUCGCCAGAUCAACACCUUGAAUCACGGGGAAGUGGUGUGUGCUGUCACCAUCAGCAACCCAACAAGGCACGUGUACACUGGUGGGAAGGGAUGUGUCAAAGUCUGGGAUAUCAGCCAGCCUGGCAACAAGAGUCCUGUUUCUCAGCUGGACUGUCUGGUAAGUUUAUCCUAUAGAAACUGGAGUCCAGUAUUGAAAUAUAGGAACCUGGUGAAUUUAACUAGGUCAUUGGCUAACAUCUGAACCCCCUAAAACAGCCUUUCUCAACCUGUGGGUCCUCAGAUGUUGUUGAACUACAACUCCCAUCACUCCUAGCUAGCAAGGCCAGAGCUCAGGGAUGGUGGGAGUUGUAGUCCAACAACAUCUGGGGACCCACAGGUUGAGAACCACUGCCCUAAAGGGACCCCUAAGUAAAAAAGGAAAGUUAAAUGUUUUAAACAGUAAGUAAUAAAAGCUAAACAAUGGAGCUGCAGAGAAACCAAGCCAAGGAUCAAAUACUUGUUGAGCCCUGAACCUUGCUCUCUUAGAUGGAACUCAGAGAGGUAGGGGUGGGUAUAUAAACAAGCCUACUGAACAAACAUAAAAUUUACAUUUAUUGUUUCACCCACUCUGGCCUUUGGCCCUGCCCAGGUAGCCCCCUGACGUUUGCCCCGAAGAGCAAGCAGUUUCAGGCAAAGAAGGUUCCCCAUCUCAGCUUUGCUUCUGCAUGGCAAUGGCAGAUAGAACUGGUUUCUUGCUCUCAAGCCUUGCAAGAACCAGUGCCCAUCUUCUACAGCUGCUUCAUUUUCCCUUGUUGAUUUUGGCACCCAUUUUGCAGCCUUUACAAUUUUGUACCCCCAGAAAGCGGGCAGUGAAGAAGUGAAACUCUUAUGGCGCAGCAAAUCCAGAGUUUAACUUUGAUUGUGUUAAGGAUUGCUCAGGCUGAUCUUAGGUGAACUGUUUGCCAGAUGUAAAAUGGUGAUGGAGUGGCUUAACAAAUGUGGCAUUUGUACCAAAUACUUAACUUUUAUCGUUAAUAUUUUAGGAACCUUUCAUAAGGUUGAUAAAUAUAUUAUAAAAAGGCCUUACUCUCAAGGUGCAUUUUGGAACACUAUUGUGUUGGAGGCUCCAUGGUUGAAGACUGUUCUUCCUCUUUGCAUGCUGUUCUGGAGCUUCUCCUGAUUUUUUGGGGGGGUUGCACAGGGGAAGGGGGAAACAGCCCUAGUGGGAGUCUUUGCAUGGGCUUCUGCUAACAGAACCAGAGAGUUGAACCUGACUCCAUGAAGCUCUAUGAAAACAGUAAUGUUGAUGGUAGUUUUAAAUGGGUGUGUUCAAGCCAAGUCCUAUACUUACUGUCCCCUUAAUGUGUCUUUUUCUACUGCCACAAUGUUACCUGACGCCAAAUAUCUAUGUCAGAAAAGAACAGUCUCUUGCCAUGACAGAAUUUGGCUCUGUUGAAUUAAGAGAAGUGUAGCACAAAGAAACACAAAAAUAAUUGCUUUCUCCUUACUAGCACUGCAUGAUUUGUUACUAGUUUUAUCCUCUUGGCUGCUUCAGAAUUUUUACCACUCUUAAUGGGACUACUGAAAAUGAGCAUAAUGACAACUGCUGCAUUUAUGGACUAAAACCUUAAAUAGCUGGAGCCUGGGGUUUUCCAUUCCUUGAGUCCCCCACCCCAAGCUUUUCAGCAACAGGUGUUCUUAGGAACUUGGGAUAUUAAUUAUCAAAGAGAGCUUCUGUAACCACUGAGGGCACACUGAUUUUGUCCAAAGUGAUUUCUUUAGCACUGCACCACACUGUUAGAAAACAAACAAACACUUAUCUUGGAUCGGGUUCUUUUUGAGAUACUUAAUGUGCAAUAAGAUGCUAGAAUUGCCAUUGCUCAUAUUGAAAACAAUAUAAAGAGCUAUGCUUUCAAGAGAGAAAUUCACUGAAUUUUCUUAACUGCUGUCUCUGCUUAGAUGUGAACAGUAGAAGGCAGGACUGGCAGUGACAUGUGUGGGUUGGAAAUUAUAUGUCCUGUUCAGAUGAUUGUGCAUACAUAAACCAUGGUUUAUGAAGUGGGUGCUGAGUGCUCCUCCUUCACCAUUCCCUCUACCCAUUGUAUGUCAACUUUAGCAUGAAAAUCCUGCUUUGUAUUACGCUGGAGUUCUUCUGAGCUGAAGGAUGACAUGAUCCUGGCUUAUUACCCUGGUUUGUGUUAGCUCAACAUUAACUCAGAGUUCCUUGGCUAGGACAUAACAGGGAGCUCUGACUUAAUACAAAACAAGACCUUCAUGCCAAAGCCAGUGCAGGUUGAAAGGAAGAGUGCUCAGCCCUGAAGCUAAUGCAACUUUGAAUGAUUGUCCAUGCCAGGCCAGUGAGGUUCAGCUUCAGAACUUACAGUGCUUAAAGUCUGGCUAUCGGAUGAAAACAUUAUCAUUGGCCUUAUUGCAGAGAAUGUAUAUUAAUGUCAUUGAGAUUUGUACCUCCACAGAACAGAGAUAACUACAUUCGAUCAUGUAAAUUGCUCCCCGACGGAUGCACCCUGAUUGUUGGCGGGGAAGCCAGCACGUUAUCCAUUUGGGACCUGGCAGCUCCAACUCCACGUAUAAAAGCAGAGUUGACAUCCUCAGCUCCUGCCUGCUAUGCUCUGGCAAUCAGCCCUGAUUCCAAGGUCUGCUUCUCCUGCUGUAGCGAUGGGAACAUUGCAGUCUGGGAUCUGCACAAUCAGACUCUGGUCAGGUUAGUUGCUGCUUUUCAGCCAAUUUCCUUCCAUUUCCCCCCCUUUUGUAUGUGCAGUUACCAUGCAGCAGUAUUACACUGUCAUGACUGAAAGUGCUAAAUUGCCUAAAUUAGCAGUUCAGAGUGGGCUGGCCAUUGGGGCAAAUCAGCAAGAUUUUCCUAAGAGAUCUAUGAAAUUGUCUGGGUUUAGAGACAAAUCGGGUUUUGUUCUUCUUCUUGUUCCUGUUACCCUACCCAUUCCUUCUGUUGGAUCCCACCGUCACUGCCACUGUCAUCAACCACUUGUAUUCUGUUCCAUUUCAGUUGAACUGAGCUCAUAAGACAGGGCAGUUGUAGCUUUUCAGGGAGGAACUAGUGCAUUAGAGAUGUCCUGAGGCCAUCAAAUGCCAAGAACUCUACCAAAUACACCCAUUGUGGCUACAGAAGCCUAUCAUAGCCAGAGAAGUGGUUUGGGGGAAAGGGCAGCCAGCAGAGAUGGAAGAAAUGCCGCUGCCCCCUCAAUGACUCCAGAGGUCAGCAGACAUAACAUUCUAAUUACUUCCAGCAAUCAGAAGGCUGUGCUUCUGAAUCUCCCUUUGUACGGCAACUAGCAAGCCAGGAAGGGUCCUGUUGCGAUGCCCUCCUUUCUUGUUUCCUUUGCACCUAGCUCAGAAGUUCGUACACGUGCUUAGCCAUUUUCCUUGCUGAAUCAGUUCACCACUUUCCCCUCAUCUGCUGUCUCAUCCGUAAACGUGUCUGAAGCAAAAUACAUGUAUUUUCAAGCUGUCCUUUGCAGGGUUGUGUGUAUUCUACAAUUCAAUGAGAGCUCUGGAAAGCUGCACGAUUUGGAUAUGGAUGGAGAAUUCAGCCUCCAGGGAACCUUGGUUUUCUUUUGUUUGUUUACAUAACCAGAUUCUAGUGCUUGUGGUUGUGAGUGUAUACUCAAAAGUGUGUGAAUAAUGCACACUGAAACCCAGAAGCCUGAAAAAUGCCUGAACAAGAUUCUCAACAGCAGAGGAAUGGGCUCAAUGCUCCCCAUGCCUAUCAAAAUAAUUAUGCAAACUAGAAAAAAUGGUAUGCAGCAUUUCUUCAUUUGCAUAAUUUGUUGAGAAUGGAGAUUUUCUUGGUGCAAAAUUUAGAUUACCUUUGGCCUCAAAUCCUUCUGUGUUUUAGUGCCAAGUGUGCAGUGCAGUACCUUUUCCCCUCCACUAUACCUACAUUCCACAAACCGCUCUUCCAGAGCAUGGAAAAAGCCUAGUUAUGUGUGCGGUGGCAGCAUGACCAGUCACAUUCAGGAUACAAACUCAUGGGAGAUUUGGAAACAUCUACCAUGUUUCCAGCAGUCACUCACUUAGCUCAGACUUAGAUAAUGUUGCUUAUUUACAUGUAGUCACAAAUCAACAUCUCUAGCUUUCAAAAAAACAGACAAAACCCCCAAAACUGGCUGCUUGCCAUCUUUGCUUCCUCAAAGCACAGCAGGUGUGCUCUGCAGACCCCUCUGAAAAUGCUGAAUGGCCAGAAUAUUAAUAGCUCAUUUUCAGGUUAUCUGGUUGCCCUCAAUUGCUUUUGGCAUAGCGUGCAUCAGGGGAAACGAAGAACAAAAAAAGUCCUUUGGUAUGUCUGCAAAUAAUGAGAGAGUGAAUAAUUUCCAAUUGAAUUUGCUUCCAUCAGGGACAGUUGACAGUGUUAUAGUGAAAUUAUGGCACUCCCUGUCCCUCUAUUUCUCCCCUAUUUCUAUUAUAUGCAUAUUAUGGGCUGCUCCUUUAUCACUUUUGUUGUCUUCUAAUGGGCUCUUUCAGAUUGGGUUCCUCCCAUCUGACCUUUUUUAAGUUACCUGCCUGCUGCACCUAAAUACCUUUGCCUAUUUCUACUUACUGCUCUACUACCCAUGUCCUUUCUUGGUUCCCCUCCUGGACACUAUGCCACUUCCUGUUCCAUAUUCCUCAGGGCAACCCACAACACUCAUCUGCUUCAGCCCUGCCAGCUAGCUACAUUUCUGCUCUGCAUCACUGAGACAUUCCUGGUGUUCUGUUUUGCUAUUUAAAAAAUAAUAAUCAUGGAAUAUGGUGAGAAUUUAAAACGACUCCUUUUAAAAUCCAGUUAAGUAAGGUAGGAAACAUAUACUAAAGUACUGACUUUGGCUAUAGGAAAUAAACCCUUUUUUAAGUCAAUAAAAUGAUGCGUUUUGAGAGCUCUGAUCCCUUAAGAAUGCACGUAGCUCCAGUUAGCUGUGUGCUGCUGGCAUCUGCUAAUAGCUGAGCUCAAGCCAUCUUUCAACAUGGUCAUUUCUACUUCAGAACUCUUUCAGAAACUAUUCCAGUUCCUCCGGUGUGAAUUCAAGGAUAUAAGUCUUACACUGUCCAGCUGGAUAUCUUUGAAAAGGGCCUCAGCAUUUCUGCUGUAGGUAGAAGCCAGCUAACCAAAACUUGGUGGUUUGCAGCUUCUGUCUCUUGGCAUUAAGUACCUUUUGCCGCCAGUAACCAGUAUUUUUUAAAACAACAACAACACCCGUUUAAUGCUUAUACUAUUGUUGAGCUAUCCCAAAGCUAUUGACAGUAUAGGUACAAGGCAGCUCUUAAAUCUUCUAUUUAACUAAAAGAUAAAUAAAAAUUAGAAAUUGGCUCACAAAUCCUGUGUGUUCUUUUCCUAGUAUAUUUUUGGCAGCUAACCAGCCUUCUCUCACCAGCCCCCCAGAGGCUAAGUGACUUUUCUUUUCGAAGUCUCUAACACUUCCAGGUUUGGAAGGGAGGGAGUGUGAUUAACAUAAUGUCCACAUAAGUAAUUUCCUUUCAGGCCUUCAGGAUUAAAGAAUGAAUGUGUACGCACACCUCAAUGUGAAUGUCUUGGCAAGGCAGUGACUUUUAACUGCUCAAAAUAGCUUUAUAAUAUGACAGUGUUUGGUGGGACCACAAGACCAACUUUUCAUACGUCUCAACUCAAUUGGCAGCAGCCCACAAUAAAUCUCAGCAAGCACAGCCGACAUUUGCACCUGUCUUGAUACUAAUGAGUGGCUAUUUAAAGCAUCAGAGUUCGGCUACUUAGCAUUUCUGGACACUUACAGGCUGAAUGAGUCAUCUUAAUUAUGAACUGGGCUGUGUGACCAUGGCACUUAAAGAAAAUGUCAAAAUUCUACAGCAAGGUAGUUCAAAAUUCAAGUAAAUCCAAAACUUGCCACCUCUGUCGCCUUUAUACAAAUCAAGCAGCUUUCCAUGCCUCCACUUAUUUCCUCCCCCCCCCCCCGCUUUUUGCUAGUAAUGGAAAAGGGGAAAGAGCUUUUCAGGGUACUGAAAUCCUAAAUCCUGACUCCUGGAAACUGUGAUCAGCUGAAUAUCUUGCUUCUAAAACUACAACGAAGCACUCCCUUGCUAAGACAUAUACUCAGUGUUAGUUCAUGUUCUUUAUUUUAAAAAUGCUUAUAUUAUCUGGAUGGUGAUUAUAUGCCUAAUUGCAGUUUCUGCUUGUGUGUGGUCCAUGAGGUGCAGUGGAGUGGCCCGUAAGAGGAAUUCUGCCUUGUGUCUAAAGAGCAGCACAUUUCCCUUGAUAUCUGUGUUUGUCUUAGCUUUUCUCUCCGCAAUCCAUAAUUGUGCACCAACUGGUUUUUAGUCUUUCUUUACUGUGCUAAUUGCAUAGUGGACCAGACCUUUUCAGUAAGUGAACGUUGUUGUCAGACAGUGAGGCUUGUUCGCUGGAAGGAUAAAUCACAGCAUUACACAAUCACUUUAUAAAUGUUACUUUUGAGAACAGAGAAAAGAGGUGCGAAAAGCACAUUGUUCAAGACUCCCAUAUAGUUAACUUUUGAAUGGUCAGACACACGAGCCUUGCAAAAUUGACUUUUAAGAUGCAUGGAGAUAAAAGCAAUGUCUGAAAUGACUUCCAGGACUGGCUUUGUAGUUCUUUCUGCUCACAUCCCCUGUUGUUUGAACAGUCUUACACGUACUUGCACUUUCUAGGAAGAGGUGUGCAAGUGCUGUGCCAAGUUAGUGGCACACAUAGAUCAUGACUAACUUCCUUCAUACUGACCUCUAAUGCCACUGUAGGACCACAAUCAUAUUGUGUUAGUUGGCUGAGUUCAUGCAAGAGAAGAUAGAUAGAUGGAGCUUUCUUGGACAAUAAUCCAAGGUAAUUGUUGGAUGGUGAGCUCUAGAUAGAGAAUAACUGGGCAUUUUUAUGUAUGUGUCAAUGUAUGUCUUUUGAAAAUCUACCCUGCCUUUCAUUGGACCACAUGUGUAAUUUAUGUAUCAUAAAAACUAAACCUAAACCAUCAGAUUAAUUCAUAAAUCAAUGGGAGCAGCUAAAACACCACAGUUAAAAUGUCCAUCUUAUAGCUGCAGAGCAGAUCUGAUACUUCCAGCCUGAACCUACAGCCUAGCAACCAACAAAAGCAUGAGCACAUAAAGGGACAUUUAUAUCUUUAAAACACUUUUGCCUACUCUUCAUUGUAAAUACAGUUCUAGAGAGAGGGUUGCAGUUUAAAAUACAAGUUCAUGAACACAGCACAACAAAGAUGGUGAACCUGUUGCCCUCCAUAGCUUGUUGGACUCCAGUGCCCAUCAGCCCCAUCCAGCAUAGCCAUUGUGGUUGAGAAAAAAGGGAGUUAUAGUUCACCAAUCCCUGUAAGGCCACACAUUCCACAUCCCUGUAAUAAAAUUAUGAUUUAAGAAAGCCAGGUCCAUCCUGGCACUAAACCCCAACAAAGGUCUGGGCAAAUAGCUUCAAUUGUCAUCAGAAUCUCAGUAAGGACAGUGCCAGUGGUAUCUCAAGAGGGUAGAGAGCUCCAAAGCUAAGGCAUCACCAUAAAAAAGGCUCUCUCUUGCGUUGCCACACAGCAAGUCUCAGCUAGAAGUGGCACUGCCAAGAAAGGGAACCGAUCCCUUUCUUGAGAGGGUGCCCAACUACACCUCUGAAGGGAGGGCAUUUCACAGAAGACACCACAGUGUUCAAGCACUCUGCAUAUUUAGGUCCUAGCUCACACAGGGCUUUCUAAGUAACCACAUGUCUAUUCUAGACAUGGAGAAAGCUUGGGGUAGACUGGCUCACCUGUCAUUUACCUGAGCAAAGGAGGCAGCAUAAUUUCCUAAUGUGGGCUUCUGGAAUAAAGAGCUUCUGCUUACUCUCUUGUUGCAGACCUUGUGACUGGAGCAGCUUAGUUCUUGCCAGGCUUCCUGAGCAAUAAGUAUUGGUUGCCAAUUUGUUGUGGUUCACUUCUUGCCCUUGCUUGUGUUGGUAAAAAACAGAGAAAAUAAAAGGAGAGCACGAGCUGAUAACUCCUUGAAUUUUCAGACCAACGACUCCAGACAUGCCAUGUUGAUUCAUAGGGUGUCCCAUGGUAGUCGUUCUGCGCCUUCCUCUUUUGCUUUUAAAGCAUGAAGCUGAAGCUAAUUGCUGAUGGUAAAAGGCAGGCAGGCGCCUUAGAACAUUCCAGUUUAGGGAUUAAGGAAGGCUCGAGCUGACUCUUUGUUACCAAGAGUAGGGAUUUCCAAAUGCCGAGAUUUAAAAUGUAAAACAUUGUUGAAUAAUGAUGGCUGCUCAUGACCUGUUUGCUACCAAGGGCAUCAUUUUGCAGGCUCAGCCAACACAAGUAAAAAGAUUAGGUUUAUUGGAUCCCUUCCUGCAUGUGUUUAUGUAGCUGAAGUAAUUUUUUUUUAUGCUCUUGAUUCACAGCUUAAACAAAGCCUAUAAAUAACUGCCUGCCUCUGUUGAGGCAAUUUGUCCUCUGUACUUUGAGUUUAGCCUAGGAGCCUGCUAAGUUUUUUUUAUAUUUCCAGGUGUCGUCAUCGUGAAUUACAUUUCAGUUUUUCAAACUGUCAACUUACCUUUUCCAAAAUCUCUGCUAAUGUUCACUUAGUUCCUGUUUAGACGAUUAGUGGCACAUUCCAUGUGCUUUGGCACCUGCAAAAUAGUUUUUUGUAUAGUGUGGUAUUUUAUGUCAGGUUGGGGUGGGCGAGCAGUGUUGCUGCUUGCCACACAUCAGGUGAUGUGGAGGAGAUGACACACAGAGAGAGUCCAAAACUAACAACACAACAGUGUUUACCUUGAGUUCUGGCAGGAAAUCAUUAUUCAAUCUGGUUUGUUUUAUCAGGCAAUUCCAGGGCCACACAGAUGGAGCCAGCUGUAUUGACAUUUCUAAUGAUGGUACCAAGCUCUGGACGGGAGGCCUGGACAACACUGUGAGAUCCUGGGACUUGAGAGAAGGGCGGCAGCUACAGCAGCAUGACUUCACAUCCCAGGUGCCUAGUAUUCCUUACUGCAAAUUUCAGGCACUGGCUGGUGUACUGAACAACUUCCAUCUUAUCUUGGUUAUUAACUUCAGAGUGAAGUCAGAGUAUUAAUGCUAGCAACAUUAUUAGCACCACAUCUGCUUUUAUUAUUCACAUAGGCUUCUGGUAUAGUCUCAGGCUGCUUUCAGCCAAAGCAUUUACUGUGGAGCAAAGCUGUUAUUGUUAAUGAAGCAUCCAUUGGGGUAAUCUGACAGCUUUGGAAUAAAACGGUAUCUUAAAACACUGGACUCUGCUAAGAAUGCAGUUUGGCAUUUUUGCUGGGGAUGGGGUGGUGAAAGCAAAGGAGGUGGAAAUGUCCCAGAACACUGACAAAGCAUGUGUGCCAUUGCUUCCCAUAAUGCAAAAUUAGCAUGCACCCUUCUUAUUUAAUAAACAAUCAGUGCUGCCAUUUGGACUCAAAUAAUGAUUUCUUGUUCUAAAAGAGAUGCAAAAUGACUUGUGAUGGCACAGUCAGAAAUAAGUCCUAUUGAAUUUAAUGGGUCUUACUCCCAGGUAGGUUGUUUAUGAUUGCAGCCCUAGUUUAUUGUCUCUUGUUUCCUUCCUUUCUUGCUAAUAUUUGCAAGAAAAAUAAAGGGUUCUUUCUCUCUCUCUUAAAGAUUUUUUCCCUUGGCUACUGCCCCACUGGUGAAUGGCUGGCUGUGGGAAUGGAGAGCAGUAAUGUGGAAGUGCUGCAUGUAAAUAAGCCAGACAAAUACCAGCUUCAUCUGCAUGAGAGCUGUGUGCUGUCACUCAAGUUUGCUUAUUGUGGUAAGUUGGAAGAAGAGCGGCUCAAAGUCACCAGUAUUUCUACAAGCCAAUCACACCUGAGCUGAAAGUCUUAGGGCAAGGCACCUGAAUGCUUUCAUUUAUUUUGGUUUAACAGCUGGAAAAUAAAGGUAACACCCUAUUACCAGCUCCCCCAGGAGGUUAGUGAGAGGUAGCUCAUGCCUAUAAAGUCGCAAUACCAUCAAAGCAGCUUUCAUACGCAGCUGGUGGCCCAUAGUUUGCUUAGGUUGUGAGGCUAUAGAAUGUUGGAAAUCAAGAGUUUUGAAUGAAGCCCAUUGCUUUACUGAGCUAGUUAUGCCUUUUUAGUUAAAUCAUUUAUAAAAAUCCACAAAGGUGGAUUUGUCCUGGAUGAGGAGAGCUUGGGGAUGCCCUGUGGCUGAUUUCAGGCACUCUGUGUUGGUUAACCAUGCAUCAAAUGCUUGUCAAAAUGACAGGCCGCUGAAUUUAGUAGGCUACUAUACUGGUUUUCUGUAAAGUGACUUUGUGCAAUCUUUCACAGCCUGCCCCCCGCCCCCACCUGCAAAGCUGUUAACAUGGGGAACAUUUUAGGCAUAUGCUAAAAGUGCUUUUAGAUACAAGAGAAUAUGAAAAAAAAAUACGCAAGUCUGUCUGUUAGUGUCAAUUAUUUGACUGUGUUUUCAUUGAUGGUCACAUUACAGGCAAAUGGUUUGUUAGUACUGGAAAAGACAACCUCCUAAAUGCCUGGCGAACCCCAUAUGGUGCAAGCAUAUUCCAGGUAAGAAGAACAGCAUAUCAGUGAAAGGGAUUUGAACCUCGUGGUGGUGGGUGAGGUGUAAGAACAAAGGUAUUAUUACCAGUGUCUCACACUUUCACCAGAGAGGUCAGGGAGGUGGACAAGGGUUUAUCCUGUUCUGUGCAUGCACACAAGUGACUUUUUAAACCAGAACUUGGUAUGUUCUAGAAAAGAAUAAACAAGACACUCAUACUGCAUACAUUUAUACUAUAACUCUGUUCUUUUUCUUCUAGUCCAAAGAGUCAUCUUCUGUACUUAGUUGUGAUAUCUCCGUGGAUGAUAAAUACAUAGUUACCGGCUCUGGAGACAAGAAAGCUACUGUCUAUGAAGUUAUCUACUGAGAAAUUGGUUGGAGACAUAACGAGUUGAACUGGGCCAAAACAUUCUUAAUGUGUAGACAUAGAAAGAUUUUACCUUUCUUAAUUAAAAAAAAGAAAAAAAGAGGAAGAACUUGAUUUCCACAAUGUCACACAAAGCUAUUCAACAUGUAUUAAACAGAAGGCAGCCUUUUGGUAUCCAGUUCCUGGAUCGAUGUGAAGCAAGAAGGCAAAAUGGAUUAAUGUAGCAUAGUUUUGAUGGAUUUUAAAAGCAGAGUCUGCUGAAGAUUGUUGAAGCCUUUGGGUUGGUUCCCCCCCCCCUUUAUGACCUCAUAAAAAUCAUGCUCAUUGCUUGAAUAUGCGGGAUUAUGUUUCAGCACUUGCAAUUCCACCUGCAUUCUUGUCUUGUGUAGAGCAGUGAUAUCUUGGAUAAACUUGUUUCCUGGUUUUGCCUCUUGGGAUAUGGGUUUUUGUAUUUUUUGUUGAAGAUCAAACAUUUGUAUAAAUUGUAAAUAUAUUUGGUUUAAUACAGUAAAGGCUUUAGUAUCAAUAAA